AUGGACUAUCCAGUACUUACCACUCUGAAAGAUCUACGGACUCGACCUAAAAGUGACAAACCUGUCACCAAGGUGGAUAUCUAAAGCAGUCACUGCCAGAAUCCAAACUAACUUCUGUCAUGUGUGAAAUCUUCUUUAUUGUUGUAACCUUGCCUCAAUAAAACAUUGAUUGACAAAACAAAAAAUAUAAUAACCUUAUUUAAAAGAGACAGUCCUAAUUUGGACUCAAAUCUCUCUUUCCUAUGUUAAUGUUCCUCUUUCUAUGAAUUGCAUAUUGUUGAGGUCUCCUAAAGGGUUAUUUACAAAAGUGAUUAAAAAGUGAUUUAAAAUCAAAUGAAUUUAAAGUGAAUUCCAUAAUUUGGGCCAGAUUAGUCAAACUAAAUGAAUUGCUCAAUUAGAGAAUUUUUCCACAUGGGAUAUUAUGAUAUUAUGACCAUGGUGGAUAUUUGAAAUUCACUUUGAAUUCACCUUGAAUUCUCACUUUAGUAAAUAUCACUCCAAGUGUAUAACAGAGUUCCACAGCAAUAAUACUCAAAGUCAUGUGUCCUUAAAAUGUGAUUAAAGUGUUUAGAAAUCCGUCUGUGUAAAUAACAUACAUUGCUAUGUUUCUAAAUUCCAUUUCCAUUCCAGUUGUAUAACUUGUUAUCAGUAAGUCACCUAAAAUUCCUCAGAACAGCCUCUCCCUGGCCAUACUUACACCCCUAAAAUACUCACACCCCUAAAAUUAAAGUGUUCCUCUUUUGUUUAUUUGAAAUGUUGGGAGUUAUAAAUAUGUGCUUGAUGAACAGUGAUAUAAUGAAAUUUCUUAGUGGCCUAUGUAUUUUUGAGUUUUAUGGGAAUACGACUAGGAAAGAUUUGGGCCAACAUGAUAACAAUUCACUGUGCACAGAAUAUCUAGAAGAGCCUUCUAACACUCCAGCUUUAGAGCGCCACUGUCAUUUCUUUGUAUAAAAAGUCAUAAUUACGGUGUUGAAUUUCACUAAAACUUCAGUGCAAUCAAUCAAAUGACAUAGCAGGGAUUACUUUUUACAUAUGAUUUUUGGUAUCUACAUAGUAUGUCUACUGUAUAUCUCUCCUUUCCCUCAGAUGUCACAUUCAAAAUGGACAUGUCAUCUUGGUAUACGGGAAGGGGAUAAGGGGUGUACAAGAAAAAGUCAAAGAUCUCAAAAGAGACAGUGCCAUUUAAAGUUCCAAAUAGUUUAAGGGAUUUUCUCUGGGUUGAUUACAAGGGGAACUUUCUUAAAGAAGUAUCUUAUAGUGCUCUUAAUUCACAUUAGCUUAGUUUAAAGUUUCAACAUUCAUUGCAGAGUCUAAAGUUGACCUGGGCUGAAGUCCAGUUUAGUAGAUUUAUUCCUUUGAUAAUUAGUGGAUUUAAUCCUCACUAGCCUGACCGCUAGGUACACAUAUUGGGAAAUAUAAGUCACAUACAUAUGAAAUCGUACAUCCAUUAGGUGGAGCAUUAAGGCUGAAAAUUUAACAUUUUAUUUAUUUAUAAAAUAUUUUACAAGGAAGGAUACAUUGAGAUUUAACUCAUUUUCAAGUAUGCCCUGGGCCCUCAAACAUUGUAUUGUUACAAUAGGGCACAUUAUAAUAUAAAAAUAUAUAUAUAUAUACAUAUGCAUACACACAUAUAUAGAUUUACACAUAACAGGAAAUAAAUAUAGUCAAACAUGACAGGUGCAUUCUGUAUUUUUCUUGUUCAUUAUCCACAAUCCAUUAUCAUUAUCAUUAUUACCCACAAUCCAUUAUCCACAUUUUAGUGAAAAUGAUCAUUUAUUUUCUUUCAUUGAAAAAUGAGAGUUAAGGAGAAAAAAAAUGCUACAUGGUAUGGACUAUCCCCCACAAUGUUGAUAAACAUGAUACAAUUUUAAGUACUUUGCAACUGAUCAUUUUGGGAAGCACGUUUCAUUUAAAUUUUUUGAGCAACGUGACUGGCAAGCCAUUCAAGUCUGCAAGGUAAUUUUUUAAUUGAGGACCUUGCAGUCUACUAGUUAACUUGCAAACAUAGGUGUCUGCUGCUUAUUCCCAUUUAUCAUAUACAUAUAUCAUAUGGAAGGCAGACUUGUCCAUACUAGACUAUUACACAACCUCCCUUACACAGUUGGUUUGAAGUAGGUAAUUGCAUAAAAUUAUAUUUAUUUAGCACAUUUUCCAUUUCCUUGUACAAUCAUUUCUACAUUGACUUAGUAUGCAUUAUUAUUUAAAAUUAAAUAUUUACCAGGUUAUUUCAUGAGAUCAACAUAUAUUUAAAGUGGUUAAUGCAUUAUCUAAAAUGCAUCAGUGCUUGUGUAAUCAGUAACCAAAUAUUUUGAACUUCAUUCAGAGUGUGUAUUUCUUCCCACAGCUGGAUCUGUCAUUUUACCCAUUUGUCUCAAUAUGAAAACGGUUUCAGAAGAAAAUAAAUUGCAGGUAAACAAUUUUAUCUAUUGCAACUUAAUCACAAUCAUAUUGAAAAUUGCAUUAAUCACAAUCAUAUUAAAAUUGCAUUCAAUUAUUAUAUUUGUCAGAGUGAUGCUAACAGAAAAUGACUCUAAAAUUUAAUUAUUCUACUAGUAAAAAAUUAGAAGUAGUUGCAACAAACUCCAUUGUUAAGGGCUCUGGUGAAAUAUUGGCAGUAACUGUUUAUUAUAAAGCCAUAAAAUACAGUUUGAUCAUUGCAGGCUGCGGCAAUGCAAUAUAAAUGACUGAAAUGUGGUUGUCAAAUUAAUUUUAUUUUUUCACUGGAAUCCCAAGUCCUGGAAUAUCUGUUGGCAGUGCUUCAUUAAGUAUCUGAACUUUGUUCAACUGUAUUAAGCGUGUUUAAAUUGCCUCUGGGGGAUCAUUGAGGCUCAGUUUUUUUAGAGCUGUAUUACUGAUUGCUGAAGGGACCUUGUGAUUUUGCUAGUUGCUUUCAAUAUACAGUUAAUGUCAAAAUGUCAACAUUUAAUUUAAGAAGUGUGAAUGUUAUCAACAUUUAAAUAUUUGUAAUGUCUGUAAUUAAACUAAUACCUUUCAACCCACUCAAAAGAACAAGUACCACAGGGAAACUUUGGAAUAAAAGUUUGACAAUUCCUUCUUUGCUAUCAAGGUCAUGUCUGAAUGCAACAUUGAUACACAUGAACCUCAGGUGUUUCUUGCUGGUAAAUGUGACUCAAUACAGAAGAACUUGCCAACUAGGUACAAUUCUUUAGAACUCUAAACCUAAUUUAAGUAAUGAGUUGCUCUAAAUAAAGUUUACACUGUCUAAGCUAAUCUCUUACCGUCACUCAUCAUUGACUUUAGUAAACACCUAAAUGUAAACUUUUCAUAUGUAACAUAUUUUUUCACUGUGUAGAUACAUUACUGAUUUACUACAUCAGGGUUUCCCAAUUAAUUUUUCCUGUGGAACCGUUGACAUAGUGUAUCGACAUCGUGGCCCCCCCACCUCACUGGCACAUAGUGGCACAUAGAUACUCACACUGACACAGAUACACACACAAUGUGUAUCUAUCUGUUUGUAUGUAUCUGUGUGUCAAAGUGUGGUGUGUAUCUAUGUGUCAAAGUGUGUGUAUCUGUGUUUGUAUGUGCCGGUGUGUGCUAAGGUGUGUAUAUCUGUGUUUGUAUGUGUGUGUGUCUCCGUGUCAGUGUGUAUGUGCGUGUAUGUCUCUUGUCAGUGUGUAUCUGUGUGUGUGUGUGUAUGUGUGUAAGUAUCUGACACACAGAUACACACACAUUGGCACAUAGUGGCACACCUUGACACACAGACACACACACCUUGACACACAGAUACACACACAUCUUGACUCACAACUACACACAUACUCAGAUAUACACAUUGAUAUAUACACACUGCCGCACUCAGAUACACACAUACUGACAUGUACACAUACACACACAUGAGCACAUACAAACACACUGAUAUACACUGGCACAUACACGCACACACAUACUGACAUACACACACUCAGAUACAGACAUUGACACAUACACAAACUGUGACACACAGAUGCCCACACUGACACACUGACACACUCAGACACACAUACUCUUUAACAGACACACAUACACUCUCACUGACAAACACACAUACUCUUUUACAGACACACAUACAAACACAUAUACACUCUCACUGACAAGCACAUAUACAUUCUCACUGACAAACACAUACACACACACUCAUUGACAAGCACACUUACACUCUCACUGACAAACACACACAUACUCUUGAACAAACACAUACAAUUUUUGAAAUUUUACUCCACCCAAUUUUACUCCACCCAGCCCCCCUACCAUUGGGAAUGCUGGCAUGAAGUCUAUAUUACCCUGUGGUACAGUGGGACUGCUGGGCUGAGCGUGCAGUCUCUGAGGUCCAGUGGGGUUGCUGAGCGGCUAGCCUGCGUAGGCGAGGGAGCAGUGAUCUCCCUGCUCAACUCCCUUGCGCACCUCUUACUGAUGCCGGAGCCAGAGUGACAUAAUAUUCCGGCUCCGGCAUCACUGCUGUGCACACAAGGGAGCUGAGCAGGGAUAUAACUGCCCAUUGCUCCCUCGCUGUGGCUAUUUUGCUUUUAGACAUUUUGGUGGAACCCCUAUUGUGUUAAUUGGGAAAUGCUGUACUAGAUUAUCAACAAAAUUAGUUUUUCAUAAUGGUUAUUAUAACAUAUACCUAUGUAAUUAAUAUAUAUAUAUAUAUAAUAUAAUCAUGUCAUACAGAAUGAAGAUCCAUAUUUAAGUGUACUACAGAAUGAAGAUCCCCACAAUGUAGAAACAAUGGAUAUGAAGAAUGAGAAAACUGACAUACUAUAUAAGAUUGAAGAUACUCCACCAUGGUAUCUUUGCAGGUAAUAUAUAAUAUAUUAUUACAGGUAAUAUAUAUUAUAUAUGUUUGAUGAACGAAAAAACACAGACAAAAAUCUCUAACAUUAUAGUAAUAUAUUAUUUCCUCUUCUCCUCUUCUCUCAGAAUUUGUUCUUCUUCUUCUUCAUAUCUGAUCUAGUUUUCUUUAAACCAUAAGACAAAGUAGGGUCUACUUUGUAUUAUGAAAUAUUCCCACACCUGAUAUUCUCUGACACAAAGAGGAGCUUAAGUAGGCUCCAUUUCCUGUGUCAAGGAGGAGGGUUAGUACUGUUGGAAAACUCUCUGACACAGGAAAUGGAGCUGACAAAAGCUCCACCUUGAGUCUGAGAAUAUUAAGUGUAGAAAAAAUAUAGAAGGAAAAAUAGUCUGUCUGUCUGCAUGUAAGUGUGUGUGUGACUGUCUGCCUGUAACUGUGUGUGUGACUGUCUGCUUGCUACUGUGUGUGUGUGUGUGUGUGUCUGUCUGUAACUGUGUGCAGUGGUGUAUACUGGUUUUGUGCUGCCCUAGCCAUGACAAAACUCACGUUAAUUCCGGCCAUUCUAAGGCCCGGUAAAAUGUUGUUACUGUUUGUACUUGUUAUGUGUUUUACUUAAUUCUGCGUGUUGGGCAACUGGUUUGUCCUGGCAUUACGACAGGGCCAUGGACCCUGCAGAGUUAAGUCAACACAUGUUGGCUUGCGAAAGAAGGCUGGAAGAUAAUGAUCACCUUAUGGAUCAAUUCGCCCAGGCCUUUCAGACAUUGUUGGCCCAUACUGCUCACCUCCAACCGGAGGACGUGACCUCCUCCAACCCCUCCUGUUGCUGUUGUACCCAUAGUAUUCAAGGCUCCAUCUAUAUCCCUCUCACCACCCCUUCAUUUCGGUGGUAAUGCCGUGGUUUUCUUAACCAAAUCGAGUAUCACUUUGAGGCCUCCCCCAGCUCCUUUCCUUCCGAUAGAUCCAAGAUUGGUUAUCUGAUGAAGUAAUUGAUAGGGAACCUGGUCAAAUCCUUUUUGGGAGAGCAACAAGUCUAUCGCAUAUGAUUAUUCAGAAUUCCUAGCUGAGUUCAAGCUAACUUUUGAGCCAUUAGGUAAAGAAAAGGAUGCAGAAAAAGCCCUCAUGUGCAUAAGACAAGAUAAUCGCUCUGUUACUGAUUAUGCAAUUGAGUUCCGUACCCUCGCCUCAGAGGUGGAUUGUACAAACUUGGCCUCGUCACCGCUUUUGCUGAAGGCCUGUCCGAUACCAUUCUAGAUGAGGUUGCUGCCAGAGACAUGCCAGAAAAACCUAACGAGUAUAUAACUUAUAUGAUACAGAUAGAUAACAGGUUAAGAGAAAGGGAAAGGAUCAGAAACAAACCAAGAAUAAAUAGCACUUUCCUUGCUCCUCGCUUCUCCAACCCUUUUGUUCCAAAAAACCCUAUUGUAGCUACUGAACCUGAACCUAUGCAGUUGGGAGUUAUGAGGCUAUCUGAAGCAGAGAGACAAUUAAGGAGGAGAGAGGGUCUGUGUAUGUAUUGGGGCAAGAAGGGACAUAUGAGGGUAAAUUGCCGAUUCGUCCAGAAAACUCUCACACCUAAGUACCAUUCGGGGACCGGCCUUAGGUGUUAUGUAUAUGUCCCCCACUAUGCCUCUUUCAAGAAAUCUCCUUUCUGUUACCAUUCUGUUACACAACCUUGAAACCUUGAGAUCAAUUGCAAAGCCCUAUAAGACUCAGGAGUAGCAGAAAGCUUUACUGAUGCUUAAUUUGUGUCCACACUCAAAAUACCUUUUAGGGAGAGGUCAACAACUUUGGCCAUUGAGGCCAUAGAUGGUACAUCUCUUAAGAAUCCGCUUACUACACAUGAGACCUUGCCUAUUUCAUUGCAAGUAGGGGCCUCGCAUAAGGAACAAAUCCCUUUUCAAGUUAUCUCCUCACCCUCUUGUCCCAUUGUACUUGGUUUUCUAUGGCUAAUCAAACAUGAUCCACGUAUAGAUUGGAGGAAAGGGGAGAUACUAAAGUGGGGCGAUGGAUGCUGUAACAGAUGUUUCAAACCUAUAACUAAAGAAUUGGGUACAAUCAAUGUUCCUACUACCUCUCCAUUGUCCACUACAGUUCCUUCCCAAUAUGGGGAGGUAAUGGAUAUGUUUAAAAGUACAUGCCAAUACACUUCCACCAUAUAGAUCUUAUGAUUGUCCGAUAAAUCUAUUACCAGGCACUAUACCCCCGAAAGGGAGAGAUUAUACCCUGUCUACUCUGGAAAGUAAAAUCAUUAAGGAAUAUAUACAGGAUGCGUUAACUAAAGGUCAUAUACGCAGAUACUCUUCCCCAGCAGGAGCAGGGUUUUUCUUUGUUUCUAAAAAAUAGGGUGAUCUGCGGCCUUGCAUUGAUUACAGGGCGCUUAAUAAAAUCACCAUAAGAAACUCUUACCCUAUACCACUUAGUUCAGAACUUUUUGACAGGUUAAAAGGGGCUAAGAUAUUUACUAAACUAGAUUUAAGGAGCACUUACAAUCUAGUUAGAAUCAAGAAAGGACAUGAAUGGAAAGCAGUGUUUAAUACCCAUAAUAGGCAUUACGAAUAAUAAUGCCCCCGCUGUUUUCCAGGAUCUUAUGAAUGAUGUAUUGAGAGAUUUAAUUUAUUCCUUCGUGUUAGUAUAUCUAGAUGAUAUACUGAUAUACUCACCUGAGAUAGACAUUCACCAUGCACAAGUGAAACUAGUUCUACAGACCUUACUCAAGAAUGGUCUGUAUUGUAAACUAGAAAAACGUAUAUUUGAUCAGAAAGAGGUACAAUUUCUUGGCUAUAUAUCUGCCUCAGGAUUCAAGAUGGAUCCCAAGAAACUAGAGUUAGUGUUGCAAUGGCCUCUACCUCAUGGUUUGAUGGCUCUUUAAAGGUUCAUCCGGUUUUCCAAUUAUUGUAGAUUUAUUAAAAACAUUUCUACGAUAAUAGCCCCAAUCACCAAUUUGACACGUAAGACGGUUAAAGGUACAUUAUGACCAAGAGAAGCCAUUAAUGCCUUGAACAACGCUUCCCAGGAUAAUUGGAUUGACCUCUUGCCCUGGGCGGAAUUUGCUACGCAUGACUCUUCCAAACGUAGUCCUUUUUAUGUUGUAUGUGGUCUCAAACCCUACCAUAUUACCUUCUGUGUUCUCUGAUACAGAUAUCUCCACUCUGGAUGAGCAUCUAACCUCUAUGAGGAAAACAUGGGAACUAGUUCAUUCUUCCUUAGCCGGUGCUGUGUCCCAUUUUAAGCAGCAUGCUGAUAAGAGAUGUAGUGCUGCUCUUUCUUAUCAAGUAGGGGACAAGGUUUGGCUGUCCAUUAGACACAUUUUACAGGGGGCGGCAAAAAACAUGUCAGUUAGCCGUCAGGCGCGCGUGCGCGCUCUCCGGCGGGCGACCGGUGAGGGAGCACUUCCUCUGAGCCGUCUGCUCAGCUCACUCGCGCGCCGCAGAGUGAGGCUGGGAGCCGGAGUAUGACGUCAUAUUCCGGCUCCCAGCCUCACUCUGCGGCGCGCGAGGGAGCUGAGCAGACCGCUCAGAGGAAGUGCUCCCUCACCGGCCACCCACCAGCGCCCCCCGACCACCCAGCAGCCACUGGACCCCAGGGAGAAAGAGAACCCCCCCAGCAUUCCCAAAGGUAAGGAGGCUGGGGGGUUCAAUAAAAAAAUUUGUUAAUGUGAGUGUGUGUGUAUGUCUGUUUGUUUGUAUGUCUGUUAGUAUGUGUGUCUGUUAGUGUGUGUGUGAUUGUUAGUGUGUGUGUGUGUUUGUCUGUUAGUGUGUGUGUGUGUGUGUGUGUGUUUGUGUCUGUUAGUGACUGAAUGUGUCUGCUAGUGAGUGUGAGUGUGUCUGUUAAUGUGUGUGUGUGUGUGUCUGACUGUGUGUGUAUGUUAAUAUGUGUGUGUCUGUUAGUGACUGAGUGUGUCUGUUAAUGUGUGUGUGUGUGUGUGUGUCUGUGUCUGACCGUGUGUGUGUCUGAUUGUGUGUGUGUCUGACUGUGUGUGUGUCUGACUGUGUGUGUGUCUGCCUGUGAGUGUGUCUGUUAGUGAGUGUGUGUGUGCGUGUGUCUGCUAGUGUGUGUCUGGUAGUGAGUGUCUGUUAGUGUGUGUGUGUCUGACUGUGUGUUAGUGUGUGUGUGUGUGUCUGCUAGUGUAAGUGUGUUUGCCUGUGAGUGUGUGUGUCUGUUAGUGAGUGUGUGUCUGCUAGUGUGCAUCUGCUAGUGAGUGAGUGUGUGUUAGUGUGUGUCUGUGUGUCUGUUAGUGAGUGUGUUUGUCUGUUAGUGAGUGUGUCUGUUAAUGAGUGUGUGUUUGUCUGUUAGUGAGUGUGUCUGUUAAUGAGUGUGUGUUUGUCUGUUAGUGAGUGUGUGUUUAAGUUAGCUAGUGUAUGCGUAUCUGUCAGUGAAUGUGUGUGUGUGUGUGUGUAUUUAGAAGGUGGGGGGAAGGGUUGGGUGGGGGUGGUGCAGGGGCGGGGGGGUGCCUGUGUUUUGUCCUGCCUAGGGCAGCACAAAACCAGGAUACACCACUGGUGCCCUGUCGUGGUUUCCGUCCUGUUGCUUAUCCGAAAGCGCGUUCCUGAUUCUGAUUAUUGUUUUUUGAUCUUGGCUUUGACUUGACUUCCCAUAUUUCUGGUAUCCCUGACCUUUUGGCUUUCUUCUUUCCUUAUUUGUUCCUUUCUGUAUUCCUGACCUCGGCUCGUGACUGUUUUUUCUUUUAUGUUAAUUCCAGCCAUUCUAAGGCCCUCUAAUAUGUUGUUACAUGUUUUACUUAAUUCUGCAUGUUGGGCCACUGGUUUGUCCUGACACCAAAUUAGUCUGGUUGUCUGCAUGUAACUGUGCGUGUGUAUGUCUGUCUGUCUGUCUGCCUGUACCUGUGUCUGUUUGCCGGUGACUGUAUGUGUGUGUGCCUGUCUGUCUGCUACUGUGUGUGUGUGUGUAUAUUAAUUAAGAAAGGAGCACAACCAUAGAUCUAUACACAAAAAUAUCUUUAUUGAAUGGGUCCACAAUAGUUGGAUAUAUCUUUAAAUAUAUUCAGCAGAACAAGAAAUUAUCAUAUUAGUGAUACAAGAUAACAGCAAACUGUGUUUGUGACUGUCUGCGUGUAACUGUGUGUGUGUGUGUGUGUGUGUGCGCGCCUCUCUGCCUGUAACUGUGUGUGUCACAGUCUGUAACUGUGUGACUGUCUGUCUGUAAGUGUGUGUGUGUUACUGUCUGCCUGUAACUAUGUGUGAGUGUGUAUAUGUGACUGUCUACCUGUGACUGUGUGCGUCUGACUGCUUGCUAUUGUUUGUGCGUGUCUGUCUGUAACUGUGUGUGAUACAGUCUGUAUCUGUGUGUGACUGUCUGCCUGUAACUGUGUGUGUAUGUGUGUGUGUGUGUGUGAGACUGUCUGUACCUGUGUCUGUUUGCCUGUGACUGUGUGUGUCUGUCUGAAUGCAACUGUGUGUUUGUGUGCCUGGAACUGUGUGUGAAACAGUUUGUAACUGUGUGCGUAUCUGUUUGCCUGUAACUGUGUGUCUGUCUGACUGCCUGUAACUCUGUGUGUGUGUGUGUGUGUGUCUUUCUGCCUGUAACUGUUGGUGUGACUGCCUGCUUGUAACUGUGUGUGAUACAUUCUCUAACUGUGUGUGAAUGUCUGCGUGUAAGUGUGUGUUUGUGUGUGUGUGACUGUCUGCCUGUACCUGUGUAUGUCUGUCUGUCUGCUACUGUGUGUGUGUGUGCCUGUAACUGUGUGUGUGGCUGUAUGUAUGUGACUGUCUGAAUGUACUUGUGUGUGUAUCUGUCUGCCUGUAACUGUGCAUGUGACAGUCUGUAACUGUGUGUGUGUGUGUAUGUGUGUGUGUGUGCAACAUUAUGUAACUGUGUGUGUGUGUGCCUAACUGUGUGUGACUGUCUGCAUGUGACUGUAUGUGUGGUUGUAUGUAUGUGACUCUCCAUGUGUGUGCAUGUGUGUGUGUGUGUUUUUUUCACUGUCUGCAAUAUAAUUGAGAAGGUAGACACACUAAUUAAAUAACAUAAAGAUAUAUCAGUAGAAACAAAAUAUCUAAACCGUGUGCUCACUCAAAGGUCCUAUUCCCCCAAGGACCUAAUCAGUCUAUAGAUAAUACGAAAUGAGGAGCACAGCCAUAGAGAUAAAAAAAAUUACUUUAUCAGUUGGUUCCAGUACAGUAGGUAUCUCAAGUGUAUACCAAACAACAUUAGCAAUAAUGUCAAAACAGUGCUCAAUGCAAAAAAAGCAUUCAAGGUAUACAAUAAUCACAUGUAUUCAUGGAAAAUGACCAAAAAAGUACAUUAAUGCUACUUGCAGUAUAGAGUCAUAAUGAACAAGCUACCCAACAUAAAAAUACAUACCAAAAAAAGAAGGGGAAAAAAUUGUCAAAAGUGAAAAUAGGGAGAAAGUAAAAAUAGCCCCUAACAUUUUGGCUGGAGCAUGCCUUUAUCAAGGGAUCAUGCUUCCUUGAUGUGUGGUUUUAUGUAUGUCCUAACCUCAACAUCUGAGGAAAGGGAUUUAGGGGUGAUUAUUUCUGAUGACUUAAAGGUGACUUAGAUGUAAUAGAGCAGCAGGAAAUGCUAGCAGAAUGCUUGGUUGUAUAGGGAGAGGUAUUAGCAGUAGAAAGAGGGAAGUGCUCAUGCCAUUGUACAGAACACUGGUGAGACCUCACUUGGAGUAUUGUACGCAGUACUGGAGACUGUAUCUUCAGAAGGGCUACUAAACUGGUUCAUCGAUUGCAGGAUAAAUUUACCAGGAAAGGUUAAAGGAUCUUAACAUGUAUAGCUUGGAGGGAAGACGAGACAGGCAGGAUAUGAUAGAAACAUUUAAAUACAUAAAGGGAAUCAACACAGUAAAGGAGGAGACUAUAUUUAAAAGAAGAAAAACUACCACAACAAGAGGACAUAGUCUUAAAUUAGAGGGACAAAGGUUUAAAAAUAAUAUCAGGAAGUAUUACUUUACUGAGAGGGUAGUGGAUGCAUGUAAUGGCCUUCCAGCUGAAGUGGUAGAGGUUAACACAGUAAAGGAGUUUAAGCAUGCGUGGGAUAUCCUAACUAUAAGAUAAGGCCAGGGACUAAUGAAAGUAUUUAGAAAAGUGGGCAGACUAGAUGGGCUGAAUGGUUCUUAUCUGCUGUCACAUUCUAUGUGUCUAUGUCUAUGUUUCUAUGUGAAUGUCUGCCUGUGUCUGUGUGUGUUUGUCACGGUCUGUCUGUAACUGUGUCUGUGACAAUCUGUAACUGAGUGUGUGUGUGUGACUGUCUGCCUAUACCUGUGUGUAUUUGUCACUGUUUGCUCUGCCUUUAACUGUGUGCAUUUACACAUGGGCAUACAUGCAUAUUUUUAUUUGAAUUUACUAUCCAUCACACACAGCCAAAAAGAACAGCACAAAUGUCACAUUACUCUAUGUUUUAUAGUUGGGGAGCUCUGUGAUACACUAAUAGACGCAUUACUGGGAGUUUAUUGUUGUGGAGCUCUGUGACAUUCAUACACUGCACAUUUUUUGUUGGAGUUCUGUGAUAAACUGGUACAAAACACAUAGUACUGUGAGAAUUUUUUGUUGCUAUGGAGCUCAGUGAUAAAUGGAUAAACAGUGCUUUACAAUGGGUUUUUAUUCCAAGGUGGUCAAGGUAAAUGAGAAAAAUCCAGAGCUCCAAAGCAAGACAACUCGCAGAAUUAUGUGACAUACUUAGUCUGCCCCUCUGAGGAGGCAGUCUGGUACCUUGGGCUUCCACUUAUGUUGGCUGCAGACCACAGGUAGCUGUCUUACGAGCUUGUGCCAAUCAGAGCGUUGACGCAGAUUAUCACAGGAAAGCUCGAGAGACAAUUACCCAUGUUCUGCACCUGGUGUUGGGGUAGACCAGAUUCCCAGCACAAUGGACUUCCAGAGAUCAGCAUGCCCAUCUACUAACUAUAUAACAACAGGGAAGAGCAAAUGAAUAUUUGUUUUAAAAUAAUUAAUAAAUAAUUUUGUCAUAUUUUUCUAUCUAUACAGCACUACCUCACCUGCUUCAGUGGAACCAUUGCUAUACCUUUUCUACUUGCAAACGCACUAUGUGUUGGAAAAGAUCAGCAUACUGUGAGCCAAUUAAUAGGGACAAUAUUCACUUGUGUAGGAAUCACUACAUUUAUCCAAACCACAAUAGGCAUAAGGUAUGUUUAUAUAGUGUUCUUUUGAACAGGAAAUAAUUGUCUAAACAUGCAUUUGAACAAUGAUAAAUCAACUGUAAUAUAAUAACACAGUUGAAACACAUCCAGUACAGAACUUUAACAAAUGCCUAUGUUAACAAAUGCUUAUAAAGUAGGAUACACUAUAAUUAGAGCAGUGAUCAUUUUACUGCCUUAGAACCUUUCUAGAAUUGUGAAGCACAGCUGCAUAUGUGGUCUCUAUAUAAAUAAUAAUAAUACAGUGUAUCCAGGGCUUACAAGCCAUAGCAUAAUCACCAGGGGAGAAUGUGUACUGAUACUUGAUUUUUAGUUACACUUAGGUAUUAUUUUUCCAUCAAAUGUAAUUGUGUUACGUUACCAUGCAUUUUGGGCCAAAAAAAGAUCUUCAACUAGAGUUAUUAUGAAUUAUAUGUACUUCGAAAAAAAAUAUAUUACAAUAUACUGUCAAAAAAAAAAACACAACUACUAGCCCCAAGUGUUUGUACACUGUUUUAUUUUUUAUAUUAUAAAUUACAGUAGUUACACAAAACCUAGAAAAAUACUGAAUAAAAGUUGCUUCAUCUGAAUUAUCCCUACAGCUGUAAAAUUCUCUGCUGUAGGGGCAAUGAUGUCCAGAUAAACAAUCUAGUAGCAGAGACCUCCAGUUAAACCAAGCCUAUUCUAUCCAAAUUCCUACAGUUGUUUUCCUGAGAAGAGUCAGCAUAAAUCACUGUUUUAAAUUGUACUAUAUUUUGCUAGUGCUGCUAACAAAGUUAAAUGGACAAUAGGCACCAAAACCACUGCAUGGUAAUAUAGUUGUUUGGUGGUUGAUGAUGUUGCCAUUUUUUAUAAACAGCAAUAUUUACAUUUGUCCAAAAACAUGUUUCUAUUGGCUGUGGGAUAAAGGACCUUUUGAAGAACUUCACAUUCUGUGUCAUUGUGGACAGCACAAGAUGCCAAAAUGGAAAAUGUUUUUCAUAGACAAUAAUUGGAUUGGCAGAUUCCAGUUAUUGCUGUAUAUGCUCCAUGUGUCCUCAGUGCUUUUCUAAGAGUAGCAACUGAUUAGACCAAAGCAAGCAAACUUAAUGAUGUCACCAAAGGAAAAUCAGGCUGCAAAAUCAGGCUAUCCCGGUGCUGGAAUAAUGGAAAGUUCUAUGGCAUUUUUAAUCAUUUAAAAAAAUUUCAAGUGUGGGCCAUAUAAUCUUAAAUUAUAAAGAUCAAACCUAAUUAUAACACAUUAUUUUUUAAUUAGAACGUUCCUUUAACUAUUUUAUAUACUGUGAUAAAGAACAUUCUCUUUUGGUUGACAACGUCAACAAUCCUGCAAUUAUGAGCAAAUCUAUAUGAACAAAAGUAUGUAUUUUGACAUAUCUGACACAAUAUAGUAAAAGUUAUAACCGAGAUUAUGACAAUAUCUAAUUAACUAAAAUGUGUACAUUUUUCUUGCCUAAUAUCUCAGACUCCCACUCUUUCAAGCUAGCGCCUUUGCCUUUUUGGUUCCUGCACGAGCUAUAUUAACACUGGAGAAAUGGAAAUGUCCAUCUGACGGUAAAUAUUGAUUUUAUGUUGAAUUAAUUCUAGUAAAAGCAGAAUACAGUAGUUUAUGUUUGAAAUUUAAAGCACAUAAAAAAUAUUUCCUUAAAGGAACAAUUUAGGCACCAUAACAACUCUCUUACCUUAAGGGUUAAACCGUUCUCAAAGGGUUUAACCCCAAAGGUUCCCUUCAGCGCUCAUCUUCAGGUUCCCCAGAUAGCAUCUGGCUUCUGAAUCUGAGUUGCAGAAAGCACGGAGUGCCACCGCUGAUUGGUUGGAGUGGUCAGAUGAUGCUCUAAGCCAGUCAGUAGCUCCCCAUUCAUCAAAAAUGUACCGUUUUAAAAAGAGCCUGCCUGGACGCCUCUUGGCACCAUAAAAAACUAAUUUAAGGCGGAGCCUAACAGCGGAGCUGAGCGGUCGCAACUUACUGGAGCUCCGGCUACACCGCGACGAUUUGGGAGAAAACACAGCAUUGAUCAAGCUGUUUUGUACCGGGUCCAACCACGCGCAGCUGGGGAGUCACCCGGAGACUUCCUGGAGCAACAACUGCAGAGCUAGCCCCAUCACUCGGGUCUGCAGCACGAGUUGGGGCCUACAACAUGCGGGCAGGCGGGAAGUGGCCAUUCCCCCUGCUAAGGUACAGGGCGACUCAGCUCCCACAGUAAACCCCACCAGAGACUUGCCUCACCAAACCCCCCCCCCCACCGGAGAGGGAGAUCCCGGUAUCAUACACAUACCCACAGACGAUAUGGGGCGCAAGCAUAAAAGACAGCUCCAGACAGACAGGCCUGCAGUGCAGGACAUUAGACUAUCCUUUGGGAGGGCACCCCAGCAAACACCCACAAUACAGUACAGCAAUACAGUGAGCAAGAUGCCUCUGAUGACUCCCCUGAAGAGGAGGAUUAUACCAUCUCUCCUCACCCAAAUGGAGUGUACCAGCGAACUAACUCUGAUGAGGACUCAUCCCCCGCCACAAAGGGAGAUAUUAAAAAAUUGCUCCUAGAUCUGAGAACAAUGUGGAAGUCCGACCUCCAGGAAACACAAACUGAGGUCAAGGCCCUGCAGCAUGAGGUGUCUGCAAUGGAGAGCAGAGAACAAGCCAGGGACGCUCAGCUCCAGACCACUACACAACAUGUGGAGGAUCUCACCUCACAAGUUAAACAAAUAAGCAAAAUGGUGCUCACACUGGAGUCCAGACACAGGCGUCGGAAUGUGCGUCUGAGAGGUCUACCUGAACAGGUUGAGGGGGGGGGACACGCUGCAAUAUGUUCAAAAGCUGUUUACCUCAAUGGGCAUUCACAGCCCCACAGGCACACCUUGCAUCCUGGCCGCCUUCCGAAUACGCAAAUCCGCAGCGGCACCAGCAGGCGCACCGAGAGAUGUCAUUGUGACAACCAAAGACAUUGCGGUGAGGACCGCUAUUAUGGCUAAAUCCAGAUCUAUGGGCCAAGUGAGUUUUGAGGGCCAUAACCUCUCCAUCUACAGCGACCUCCCAUUUACCAUCCUGGCGGAAAGAAGACAGCUGGCCCCAGUGGCUAGGAGGCUGCGGGACUGCUCCAUCAGAUACCGAUGGAAUGUGGAUGGAUCUUUGGCCGUCACACAAGGCACAGAAACAUUCACCCUAACUUCAUCAGAUAACCCAGAGACUCUCUUUAACAAACUGGGCCGACCAACCGCCAACAUGCCAGAAGAGACAAACCGAGAGGGAAAAACACAUGAGAAAAAGGCCAUGGGGAGAGCGAAACAACAGAGCAGUCCGACCAAGAGACACCUGCCUAACACCAGGGACAGUUCUGAAUCGCCAUAACUGUUAUCAAGGAACUGUCGGAAUGCUGUUCCCUUCAAUGCUGCCAUGUUCUAUACUUUUUUAUAAUUUUUUUGUUUUUACAUAUAUAUAUAUGCAUAUAACCUUUUAUUCCUUAUAUAAAGUGUCAAGAUCUGCGGACACCUACUGCCCGCUGAUGCAAUAUAUCAUUAUACAUGACUUUUCUACUGCCAGGCUUGUAAUUCCACAUAUAUGCUGUGGUUGAGUUUGUAUCUGCUGUCGUGACACUACGAGCAUGUGGUAUAUGAACCUAUACUUGCCUAGCACGUGUUAAACUCUGCUCGCUGUUCCUAUAGUUAAUGUGCAAGUUUUAGACCAUGUUUGACUACUUAUGUGCUAACUAAAUAACCUAAACUGUCAGCUCAACUUAGCCUACUAUUCCUGAACUCACUAGUCUGACUUAUCUAAAGCUUACUCUUUAAAAAAUUGUGCCUAAACAUCAAAUGUCACAUCUUGUAUUGCAUAGUUAAUUUCUAUAUACCUCAAUACUGCUGUUGUGGCAUACUGAGGCUGUUUGUUAAUUUGUGCACAACAAAAAUAAAGAAUUAAAAAAAAAAAUAAAAAAAAAUAAUAAUUUAAAUAAAGUUAUUAUUUGACCGGAAUGUUCCUUUAAACAAUAACUCAUGUGAGAUUUGAUUAUUUAUAGCAAAUAUGAAUUUAACUUUCUUAGUGUUUAUCAUUUAUCAGAUGGUAUUAUUCAAGGCUAAUGCUUAUCAUCAACAGGAUAGGCCAUGUUUAUCUUAAAAAUAUCAGAACAGCAUAGUUAGGGACUGAAUGCACUCUCUUUUUUUUCCUGUGUUACACCUCUCCCAACUCAUCAAUUAUAUUAACAAAAGAAAAGUUUGUAAAAAUAAAAAAUUGGAUUAAAAAAUAUAGGUAUUGAAAAUAACUGAUAAUUUAUAUAUAAGGGUACGUUAAGCAUACAUUUAUGAUCUGGCACCCUGAUAUGAUACAUUUUUUGAAAGGAAACUUUUGAAAUUUGAAUUCCAUUGUCUUUUUUUUUCUACAUAUAUACUAACAAAGCUUUCUUGUUUACUUAUAGAAGUAAUAUAUGGAAAUGGAACCGCGCCCUUUAAUACUUCACACAUCUGGCAGCCACGAAUUAGAGAGGUUUGUGAAUAAUUUUUCUAUAAUGUUACCAAAUUCAAUGAUUAAACAUAACUUGUUUCAGCUUUUGCUCUGCAUACGUCACAAAAUUAUAAAUCAAAAUCAACAUAGAGCGCAAAUCAUUAUUUGAUCAGUUAUUAACCCUUACCAGCUAUACUUAAAUAAGUAAUAAUCUUCCCCCUUGCAUUCAUUGAGUAAUUAUAUUCUCUUUUCUUAGCAUGCUCUUUCUUUUUUUGUAUGUUUUCUUGUUUCUUCUUUUUUACUGUAGAAAGUAUUGAACAAGCCAUGGGUAGAGAGCGCAGAUGCAUUUCAUGCCUCAUAGGCACUUCCUCAGAGAUUUCUGAUGUGCGAAAGACAUUAAUGGGGCCAAGUUUGCACAGUGUACUGUAUGUAUGGAUACAGUCUUGGGGAAAAGAAAGUACACCAUCUUGGAAUUAUAUGUUUUUAUAUUUCAGCACAUAAUAACAAUCAUCUGUUCCUUAGCAGGUCUUAAAAUUAGGUAAAUAUAACCUCAGAUGAACAACACCACAUGAAACAUUACACUGUGUAAUGAUUUAUUUAACAAAAAUAAAGCCAAAAUAGAGAAGCCAUGUGUGAAAGUUCAACUUAACUGCUUCCAAAGGAAUUAAUUAUAGUCUAAGUAGCAGACAGGUGCUGCUAAUUAAAUGCCCUUGAUUAAUUGAUCAUCAGCAAGGGUGACCACCUCUAUAAAAGACAUAGUUUUAGUGGUUUGCUAGUCUGCAGCAUUCAGGUGUGUAUUAACACAAGGCCAAGGAGGAAAUUAGACAUGUGCACUAGACAAAUAAUUUCAUACUAAAUAAAAAUAUAAUUUGUCAAUUCCGAAUUUCGUCCGCAAAUCAUUUGUUUUGUAAUGAAAUUGGGUUAAACAAUUAUUCAUCCAUUAGGACAAAAACAGCACUGCACAUUUGCAAAAAAAAAAGAAAAGCAAAAAAAUUCAAAGAUGGUGUACUUUCUUUCUCUCAUGACUGUAUAUUUGGAUUCAGUAAUACAUUUUUAUUUGUUGCAACAUUCUACUUUCGUAUGAAUUCCACAUAUUGUUUUCUUCAAAUCCAGGUGUUGGACUUCAAUUCACUGAGCCUAAUUUGUUCAAAUAUUUUAAACAUGGGAAACUCCUCAAACUCAAGUUGUCUGCCCAUUUUCCCCAACUUGAAAAUGCUAUCUUUGCCAUCUUGUCUGAGACUCAGCUGUUUCAUUUUUAAUUAUAAUCAAAGUAAAUUGUCAUUAUCCUACUAAUUUGCAUAUACUACUGAUUUGCAUAUGCCCACCCAGAAUCCUUUGCGGUAGUAACAUCACUGCAAAUUUGUGAUUCCUGUGGGAAAAGCAAGUCUUAUGGAUUGACAGGUGUGCAGAUUUUUGUUUAUAGUAUUAUCUAUCCACAGACUUAAGGUGGAAGGGGUUUUCAAUCACAAUUUUUCCCCACCAUACCUUUUUUGUUUUUUGCUUCACAAGCACUGCCAAGCCUCACUAGCAAGCCAGUAACGAACCUCAUGCUGAUAAUUUGUAUUAACAAUCAAACAUCUGUCCAUGAGUGGUUCACUGGCUUUGCAUCUUUUCCUAGUUUGUGUUUAAAAGCUGUUGUAUACAGCAAACACUGACUCAAAGGAAUCCACGUUUAAAAUGGAAUGAGGCAAAAACAUGAUUCUUUGUUGACCUAUGCAUAUGCCCACCCACCCAGAAUCCUUUGCAGUAGUAACAUCCCUGCAAAUUUGUGAUUCCUGUGGGAAAAGCAAGUCUUAUGGCUUGACUGGUGUGCAGAUUUCUUUUUAACCUUGUAUUAACUAUAUAUAUAUAUAUAUAUAUCUCAAAAAAAUCCCAGGAUUUUUUAAAUAAAGCUUCUUUUACGCCAAAAUAUCGACAUGUUUGUUAUCCUGAUGAAAGUUACUGGUAGGAACUGAAACAUCGAUAUUUUGGAGUAAAAGUAGCUUUAUUUAAAAAAUCCCGGGAGUGCUGUUUUUUUCUGGUUUAUAUAUAUAUAUUUAUAUAUAUAUAUAUAUACAGAGUUGGAAUCAAAAUUAUUCAACAUCCAUUAAUAAUCAGGUUUAUUGUCAAAAUGUACAGACUUUCAGCUGUUUACAAUAAACAAAUUAAACAAAAAGUAUUGAAAUAGCAAAACACAGCAAAUGCUUCAAGUGGCUUUUUGAAAUUCAACUGAAAAUGCAUCUUAUAAUGACUUCUAAAGUCUCAAAAUUAUUCAACUACCUUAAUAGAAUCCCUCACAGGAUAGAAAAAGAUAGCGAAGGCUCUAAAUGUUCCUAGAGACAGGGCUGGAAGCAUAGUUCUCAAGUUCAAAGUUGAAGGAACAGUGAUUACACUACCUGGAGCGCGCAGAAAAAUGAACCUAUCAAUCUAUUAACCAGAUUUCUGAGAAGACAGUUUGUGUGAUACCCUUGAGUGACUGCAAUAGGCCUGCAGCAAGACUUGGUGGCAACAGUGAGCACAGUAAGGCAGGAACUCAACAUAGAAGGUUUCCAUGCCAAAACUUGUACACCACUACUGGCCCAAAAGCACAAGAAAAGUUGGCCCCCAUAUGCUCAGAAUCAUAUAGAAAAGCCACAUUAGUUUUGGGCUUAUGUUUUGUGCAACAAUUAAACAAAAGUCGAACUCUUUGGCCAAAUGGAUCAGCGGUAUGUCUAGAGAAAGAAGAAUGAAAUAUAUGCUGAAAAGAACACUCUGCCUACAGUUAAUCACGUUGGUGGCUCAGUGAUGCUGUGGGGCAAUCCCCAACCCCUGACACCUGCAGCAUGUGUAAGGCAAGAUUAAUUCAUUAAAGUAUCAGGAAAUCCUAGGAAAAAAUGUCAUGCCUGGAACCUUUUUCUACAGUUUCCAUUACAGUCACCUGACGUGAAUCCCAUAGAAAAUAUAUGGUGGGAUUUGAAGAAGGCGGUUGCAGCACACAAACACAAGAAUAUUACUGAAUUGGAGGCCAUUGCUCAUGUGCAAUGGGCUAAGAUUUCUCAGGAAUGAUGCCAGUGUGGCGAAAGUGACCUCGCCACUGUUUUUGGAGGGGCCUGUUUGCCAGCCUCCUGCCCUGCGACUAUGGCCCUGGGAUGUAUUGCCCUUUAAGGAACUGAUUUGGGCAUAUUGCAUUUUAUUAUGCUGCUGCUGGCCCAUUAAGAACCAUCUGGGGACAUACUGUGGAGUUACUGGGUGGCCACCAUUUCAUGUAUCAGAGGCACAUGGUGAGAACAAUGGAUGAAGCACAUGGUGAGAACAAUGGAUGGCGGCCAUUUUAACUCACCGGCACUGUUUUGACUUUUCUACACGGUGCCAUCUCGCCAGUAUUUGGUGCACAAAGACAUCGUUCAGUAGUUUUAAACUACAGAACAGGGGACACAUUUAACAGUAAUUAUUUUUCAUAUAGCCUGUAAAUGUUCUGCGUAAUCUGCAUUAAACCAUAUUGUCCAAACUACUGAACGGAUCUGGGUGAAUUUUGGAUAUGUGGUUCACCCAGAUCCCCUGGUUCCAAAGAUAUAUGUAUGGGGUUAUUGCAUGUUUUGGGGUCCCUGUGAUUUGUUUUAUAAUAUUGUAUUUUCCUGCCUGUGAUAAUUAAGUUAGUCUAUUGUGUUAAGAUAAUUGUAUCACAGGCAGAGGGGAGGAUUUCUGAUGUAAUGAAUGGGAGUGUUAGCUGUGUUGUAAUGUGUUGAUUGGUUGUUCUUCAAAACCCUGUGGGCAGUACAUACAGAAUAAGAGGCUGUAUGUUCCAGUACAGUCAGUUCUUCUUCACACUCAAUCUAGAGUCCUGUCUCUUAUUGGGGGAAUUGCUAUAUCACUACAAGGGAUUGCUAUGUGCUGCAUACUCUCUUGCUAUAUUCACUGCUAAGCUCUUGUAAGAGCUUGUUCCUGUCUUGCUCUCUGAAGGAGUCUACGGUGGUUAUGGUGUCGGCUGGAGUGCUUGGAGCCCUCAGGAAGCGCUAGGAGCAUCCUUCAACUGAGGAACCCAGUCGAGGUGCCAGGUGAUCCGUUACAGCCAUAAACUGGUGUCUGGCUAUGCAUCUCAUUUGCAGCAGAUCAUAACAGUACUUAAGUGCUCUACUAAGUACUAAAAUUGCUUUUUAUGAAAGGGUUGAAUAAUUUUGAGACUGGAGUUAUUGUCAGUCGAAUUUGGUUAAUCUAUUUGAAGCAUUCAAAAUAUGUAAAGAUACUUCACUGCACCUACUGUUUUUGUAGAAAAAAAAAUCACCUUACUGAAGAAGCAUAGUUUCCAAAAAGAUUAAUGUUUCAGUCCCUGUCUGGGACUUUCAUCAGGAUCAGGAUCAUUCUCUCUAUCCCAAUUUAUGUACGGUAAUAAAAAUCUCCUAUAAUUAAAGUAUUUCCUAAAUAUGCAGCUUUCCCAAUUGCAACAGCUGUUCUUCCUCAUCAAUAUCAACUGUGACGGAGCUCCAGUACUCCGGCCAAGUCUGCUACCUCUUAGUUAUCAGGGACCGUGGAGCAUUUCAUAUCCAGUCACCAAGGCUUGUCUGGAAUCACUGGGGGCCUUUUCCACCCUUUUCAUCAGCUGAUAAUAUCCCUUUCCCCAAACACCAGACAACACAUGGUGAAGGUUAAAACAGCACCUGACUUUACUAGACAUAGCAUACCUAAUUUAAGCCACCAACAUCCUAAUUUACAUACAAUGGUGUAUAGAGUACUGUAGUAUAAGGAAGGGUGGGGUUAGACAAUAGCAAAGGCUGAUGGGAGAUUGAGGAGGGACAAAGCAGUUAAUAUAAACUGGUCUGGCACUGUUCCUGGGACAACGCCCUGCUGGGGAAAUAAUAGGACAGGAAAAAGGGGGAGGAGAGAAGCACAGACAAGCAAUACAGUCAACAUACACUGCACCAAUAAUAGGCACAGGGUGACCAAAAUAAAAAAAAGAAUCUGGGGACCCACACAUGGUUGGUUCGUAAAAUGAACUGGGGUGUAUGGACAGCUGAACAAAAAGGAAUAAAAGUGUAGCUAGAGCAUCCAUUCCGCUACACUGCUCCCCCUUAACCACAAGCCGGCAUAAACAGUAUGAUACCUAAUGGAUCGGCUUGGAGAUGUCCGGGAAGUACUGCUGUCCGUACAAUCAGUCCUGGAGUUUCUCUGGGGCUCACAUCACAGCCAGGCAUUCUUGUUCGAUGGCGACGGCGCACACCUUUCUGGGUUGAAGUUUCCUACUCAUAUGUGCCAUCAGCUCUGAUCUGGCUCAAUACUACACCCAUACAAACAUUCAAGUGUCUGGACCUCAGAAUGCAAGUAAUGCUCUGUGAUGUGGGCCUGGUAUCUGUAAGGGCAGGAACGCUGAGGUCAAUUGGCCUAGGUCGAUCCCCAGUAAGACAUCGGUGGGGAGCUCCUGCAUCAACCCCACAUCAAUCAGACCUGACCCAGCACCCCAAUUCAAGUUGACCCUCGCAGUGGACUGCUCCCCCUGCUACCCGUACAACUACUGAACCUCCGGUUUGGGCGGCAUCUGGGACCAGGUGUCGCUUGACCAUGGUGAGGAUGGCUCCCACGUCUCAGAGACCUCGAGCUGGCUUUCCGUUUAGCUGGACUGAUUGACGAUGGUGCUGUCGGUUCUCCGUAGCGGCUUGCACCGUGUCGGGUUCGUGAAGGGUACCCAAUUGCUUCUUAUUGGAUUUGAACUUGGGUAAGACUGGGGGAACCUCGGCGUGAUAGUAGGGGGCCAUUGUCCAUGCUGGAGGGGGCGACCCUGGUCGAAUCCAUGCAGCUUGGUUCCUGCUCUUGGUACAGUCUCGUCGAUAGUGCCCAAACUGCUUGCACCUUUGGCACUGUACUCCACUGCAGGAAGGGUAUCUGGGUGUCCCCCUUUCUCUGUGGUAGUUGUGGUGCAGGGUGGGUGAUCUGGGGCCUGAGCAUUGGUCUGAGGCUAGAUUGUUGCUGCUGUGCCCAUGCUGGGGAAGGUGGCCCUGUUUGAAUCCCUGAAGCUUGGCUCCUUCUCUGGGCACAGUUCAUCUGGUAGUGUCCAAAUUGUUUGCACUGAUAACACUGUAUUCCGUUGCAUGCUGGGUGUCUGGGUACUUGUGAGUUGGGGUUGUGCUCUCCUGAUUGCUGUACUGGCGGCCCUGGUUUGAUGCUCAGGGGUCUGGGCAUUGGCCUGAUACUCGGUCGCUGCUGCCUGCGAGUGUCCUGGUAUUCAUCAGCUUGGCGGGCAGCUUCGAUCAGGGUAGUGGGUUUUCUAUCUCUUACCCACUCUUGUACUUCUGGGUUCAGCCUGUUGUAGAACUGUUCUAAUAGGAUCAGCUGCGUGAUCUCCUCUCUAGUGUUGGCUUGGCUGGCUUGGAACCAGACUAGGGCUGCUCGAUGCAUUCGGCAGGCCCAUUCUGUGUGAGAGUCUUUCUCCUGUCUUUUCAUCUCCUGAAAGCAUCUCCUGUAUGCUUUGUGAGUAAUGGCAUAUCUCACCAAGAUUACCUCCUAACAUAGUCUGUAUUUUGUUCAUCUAGGACGGCUCUGUACGCCUCAGCUGCUCUGCCCGACAGUUUGCCAGCCAAGAUGCGCACCCAAUCUGCUGGUGGUGGUACUUGAUACAAGUGGCACUGCCGCUCAAAGUCUUGCAGGAACCCAUCUUUAUUUUUCCCCCAUUUCUACUAACUUUUUAAACGCAUCAUGGGGAAUCUCUGUCUUUACCUCAGGUGUCUGUGUUGUAGCUGGCAAUCUUUCCAGGGCGUGCUGUUUUGCUAAAAGUAGUUGGUUCUCCCGUUCCGCCUGUGCAGACAUGUAGGCAUCGACUUCUGCAAGAGUCGUUGUGAUGAUCUCCAUUGGGGGGUUCUCUCCGUAGAAAUCUAGCCGGCGUUUCACUUCUCUUUAAAUUCAGUGUCCAUAGUUGUGGGUGUAUUGCUGCGGGACCGGUCUCCCUCUGUUAGUUCUGCUAUCAGCGUUGCCUUUGUUUUAUUGCUGGCUAUCUGUCCUCUUCUCUGUGAGGUUUGUAUCCCAACGUUUUUCACCAAUUGUGACAGAGCUCCAGUACUCCGACUGAGUACAUCCGCCAAGUCUGCUACCUCUUAGUUAUCAGGGACUUUAUAUCCAGUCACCGAGAGGGUACAGAAUGACCAAAAUACAAAAGAAAUCUGGGGACACACACAUAGUUGGUUCGGUAAAUGAACAGGGGGUGUAUGGACAGCCAAACAAAAGGGAAUAAAAGUGUAGCCAGAGCAUCCAUUUGGCUACAUCAACAUUAGGUGGUUUACAACAUAUCCUAACCAAUCGAUUUUCUCUUCUUUUGCCCCAAGCUAAUAUCUACCCAUAAAGCUUCUACAUUUUUUUUUUGUUAAAUUACACUUGCUUAAUAAUAUUUGACUUAACUCAUGGUUAACAUAUAAACAUACCCCGCCACCUUUCCAGUUUUUUUCUAUCCUUCCUAUAUAAUGUGUAACCAUAUAAGUUAACUGCCCAGUCAUGUGUUACACCCCUCAUGACAUUUCUGUUAUGCCUAUUAUGUCAUGUUGCAUAGUGCAUGUGUAUAGCCUCUAGUUCCCCAUUUUGUAAUUUAAGCUUCUUGCAAUAAUAAGCAUAUAUUUAAUAUUGUCAUGAGGCACAGUUUUGGCUUCACAUGGCUUCACCCACAGUUCCCUCUAAUGAUUGGCAGGUGGUGGUUAUAAUGAAACCACCUUGGGGACCUAUUGCACUAUUAUUAGUAAUAAUGUUGAGUGACCUAAUUGCACCCCUGCUUCCACUCAUUGGUGGUGCAUGGGGGCUCUAAUAUUAUUACACAAAGGAACCUAAUGUCUCCGUACACAAAACCCCCCUGCCCCAACCCCCUCCUCCCCCCCCCCCAAAAAAAAAAGUUAUAGUAAAACUAGCAGGAUUAAUCAUUAAAAAAAAGGUUCACACAUUUGAUUUCAAAGUACAUUUAUCAUAGGAUUUUUGUUAAGCAUUCUACCCAUUUAUCAAGUUCAGCUACUAGAAUUUUUGCUGGCAUUAAAUCCAGUCGAAAUCUGAACAAAAUAUCAGCUGAUAAAUUUAAUCAAUUAGUUUAAUAUCAGAAAAUCUUACAUCAAAACAGUGCUCAAGUAGGCAGUGCAUGUCAUGCUAAAAUUACCGUAAAUAUAUUUUACAAUUCAAAUUGUCUUUCUAUCUUUAAAUAUCUCUCUUUUUUACAUUUAGAUACAAGGUGCAAUUAUAGUAUCAAGUUUAGUAGAAGUAAUAAUUGGGCUUAUUGGCUUACCAGGAGCACUGCUCAGCUAUAUCGGACCUCUUACUGUUGCACCAACAAUUUCUUUGAUUGGACUUUCUGUAUUUGAAGCUGCUGGACAAAGAGCAGGAUCCCACUGGGGCAUAUCAAUCAUGUAAGUAGCAUCAUGUAGUACUAUUUGCAUCCAAUAGCAUACAAAAAAAAAGCUCCCAAGCACAAGAUAAACUAUAUAUAUAUAUAUAUAUAUAUGUUGAUUUAAAAAAUAUAUAGUAAAAAAAAAUGAAUAAAUAACACAAGAAAGCCAUUAUUGAGAAAUCAGUAAAUAAUAAUCUGCCUCGUUGAACUGGUGACUCAGUAAACUGUUAACAAACACAUAAGCUAACUAGAGAAGUAACACUAAUAAAUCAAAUGAUAAUAAUGUGUUAUAUAAUGAAUUCUCAAUUUAAUGUUAGCAUCAAUAAAAACCUUCAUACAUGAACAAACAGCACAUUAAAAAGAUUUGCAUAUAAUGACCAGUUUAUAGAACACCCCAUGGAAGCAUUAAAAGUCACACAUCCUGAACUCUAAAUAACGAGGGAAUAAAAUCUUAGACAGCAAAAAUAUGUUGUGUUGUUAAUAAUAAUAAUCACCAGAGCUGAGGCCAAUGCCAACAUAGUGCCAGAUCCUAUUAACUCAACUGAAGUAAGAAGAAUCUCCAUGGACUGGCAUGUAUAAGCUCUCAGAUGGUCUUCAGAUAAAGUGUGCUUGAGUAAAUUGCUCAAUAUCUGGAAUGUAGUGCAACACAAUGCAAUAAUAAUAAUGAAGUAUCCUCGUAUAAUGAUAACCCAAUUAUUCAGGAACACUUCCCUAAAAUUGAGGUGUAACAGGCCCAUAAUAACUCUGGUCUCCACAUGAAUAGAUUUGCCUUCUGCGUUAAUGGCUAUGCGUUUCAUUCUGUGGACCUUUGUCAAGACAGGGAAGCUCAUAAAGGCAUUGAAUGAGACUAUAUCCAGUCAAGUUCACUCUAUCACUUUGAUACAUCUUACUACAAUGGUUCUUAUUUAAUGAUACAAUGUCAUCAGAUCCACUUAGAAUCAAAAACGUACAUUCCAUUGCUCUCUUCAGAAAAUGUUGAUAACAGAUUUUAGUUAAAUAGAAUAAAAAGGAAAUCAUUUAAUAAUUCUGAGCAUCUUAAAAUUAAACAAAAGAGGAGGGGCGUGGCCUGGCUGCCAACCUUCAUGGAUGCUUAACUCAAAGGCUCCCGCGAAUCCACUUGCAAUCCUGCACUAGCAAUCUGCAUCGCACCUCACAGUGCCCAUACAAACCCACCUUAAUAUUCUCCUGGGGAUCUGGAGCAAAGCCACAGAGGAAAAAAUGAGGGGUACAGCAGUUAACCUCACCGUCUGUUGCGGAUCUCUUCAUGCCAUCACACACGCCACAGGCCCAACAAGAUAGCUGCUCGCAAGGCUCACAAUCGCCUGCCUUCAUCCUCGAACAAAUGGUAUCUCAGUCCAGCGACGCCUCCCAAAUAUUACAGAAGCUAACUGAGUUUAAAGCGUGCCUAGCUCAGGAGAUAUCCCGCAAUUCUCAAGAAGUGAAGGUGUAGAUUCAAGCACUGGGCGCGCGCACAGCUGCCCUGGAGAGCCAGGUAGAAUUCGUGGCUCAGGCCCAAAACGAGUGGUGACCCACUCCUCCUUGUUGAAGAACUAAAUAACCAAUAUGGAGAUGAUCGUGGAAGACCUAUCCAACCGCUCACGGAGAAAUAAAAGGCCCUGGAAGCCCAGCAGUGCAUAAAGUUGCCUGAUGCAGCAUCCGAAUCAGCUGCGGAAGCCAAGUCACCCUGAUGGGAGCUGUAUACGGGGUUGGGGGGAAGGGAGGUUAGUUAGCAUCUAAACUAAGGGGGAUAAUGUAUUUAGUUGCCAGGUGCUAAGGUUGAAGUACUUUAUUAUGAGAUAUCGGUUGUGGGAGUGGGGGGAUUAGUGGCACCAGAGAUGUGACUGAAGUGCCCACAGAGUUUAGACUCCAUCGAUAUUCAGCACAACCAGUAUGUACAGUUGCAAGAAAAAGUAUGUGAACCUUUUGGAAUGAUAUGGAUUUCUGCACAAAUUGGUCAUAAAAUGUGAUCUGAUCAUCAUCUAAGUCACAACAAUAGAUAAUCACAGUCUGCUUAAACUAAUAACACACAAAGAAUGAAAUGUUGCCAUGUUUUUAUUGAACACACCAUGUAAACAUUCACAGUGCAGGUGGAAAAAGUAUGUGAACCCCUAGACUAAUGACAUCUCCAAGAGCUAAUUGGAGUGAGAUGUCAGCCAACUGGAGUCCAAUCAAUGAGAUGAGAUUGGAGGUGUUAGUUACAGCUACCCUGCCCUAUAAAAAACGCACACCAGUUCUGGGUUUGCUUUUCACAAGAAGCAUUGCCUGAUGUGAAUGAAGCCUCGCACAAAAGAGCUCUCAGAAGACCUACGAUUAAGAAUUGUUGACUUGCAUAAAGCUGGAAAGGGUUAUAAAAGUAUCUCCAAAAGCCUUGCUUUUCAUCAGUCCACGGUAAGACAAAUUGCCUAUAAAUGGAGAAAGUUCAGCACUGCUGCUACUCUCCCUAGGAGUGGCCGUCCUCUAAAGAUGACUGCAAGAGCACAGCGCAGACUGCUCAAUGAGGUGAAGGAGAAUCCUAGAGUGUCAGCUAAAGACUUAUAAAAGUCACUGGAAAAUGCUAACAUCCCUGUUAGCGAAUCUAUAAUACGUAAAACACUAAACAAGUAUGGAUUUCCUGGGAGGAUACCACAGAGGAAGCCACUGCUGUCCAAACAAAACAUUGCUGCACGUUUAGUUUGCACAAGAGCACCUGGAUGUUCCACAGCAGUACUGGCAAAAUAUUCUGUGGACAGAUGAAACCAAAGUUGAGUUGUUUGGAAGAAACACACAACACUAUGUGUGGCGAAAAAAAGGCACAGCACACCAACAUCAAAACCUCAUCCCAACUGUGAAGUAUGGUGGUGGGGGCAUCAUGGUUUGGGGCUGCUUUGCUGCGUCAGGGCCUGGACGGAUUGCUAUCAUUGAAGGAAAAAUUAAUUCCCAUUUUGCAGGAGAACUUAAGGCCAUCUGUCUACCAGCUGAAGCUCAACAGAAGAUGGGUGUUGCAACAGGACAAUAAUCCAAAGCAUAGAAGUAAAUCAACAACAGAAUGGCUUAAACAGAAGAAAAUACGCCUUCUGAAGUGGCCCAGUCAGAGUCCUGACCUCAAUCCGAUGGAGAUGCUGUGGCAUGACCUCAAGAAAGCGAUUCACACCAGACAUCCCAAGAAUAUUGCUGAACUGAAACCGUUUUGUAAAGAGGAAUGGUCAAGAAUUACUCCUGACCGUUGUGCACGUCUGAUCUGCAACUACAGGAAAUGUUUGGUUGAAGUUAUUGCUGCCAAAGGAGGUUCAACCAGGUAUUAAAUCCAAGGGUUCACUUACUUUUUCCACCUGCACUGUGAAUGUUUACAUGGUGUGUUCAAUAAAAACAUGGCAACAUUUCAUUCUUUGUGUGUUAUUAGUUUAAGCAGACAGUGAUUGUCUAUUGUUGUGUCAUUGAUGAUGACCAGAUCACAUUUUAUGACCAAUUUGUGCAGAAAUCCAUAUCAUUCCAAAGGGUUCACGUACUUUUUCUUGCAACUGUACUUGUCAAAACCGUAACCUUAAAUGUUUAAAUUGGAACGUAAAUGUUGUAAAUGUGGGAAAUGACCUAGGGGGCUCAUGGCAGCUGCCAGAUAUACUACAUCCAGAUACACCGGGCCAUAAGGAAGUAAUAGAAGCCUGUAAUGGAUGUACUCUACUACCCACCCCUAACGCUAGUCCGGGAUUGGGGGAUGGUGCAUUGGGACGUCCCUCCGGUGGGGGGCCACUCCCCUCUUCAUGUCCCCAUCUCUUCCCUGCCCCCCUCCACCCACCUCCUUCUCUCGCAGGAUGGGGGUGGAAGGCAUUAUUAUCGGGGUGAACAUCCACUCCGGAGAGGGGAUGGGAUACUGGGGGAGGAGUGCAAAUUUCCACACCACACCCCCUGGACCUCACCCUUGCUAGGAUAAGCAAAUGCCCUUUCCCCUGCUACCCUUGCUAUUAGUUAAUUGUGGAUGGGUGGGAGCCUUCAGGUACUACAUACCAGGUUACCCUUCCCCCUACCCAGGGUCUCCCCCACAUAGAGAUACCAAGUGACCCUUUUGGAGACUGAAGCAGCUAACUAUACACUACAGCCUGAUAGGCACUCCAAGCCAAAGGACACAGAAUAACACUUUUACAAAGGGACACUGUGGGAAAUGCGCUUAGAUGCACAGUGGAAUGAAACGCUGGGCUGUCAACCCUGGCAGGUAAAUAUGAAUCCGCCUGACAGGGAGGACACACACCCUCAACGUACUCAGGAGAUAAGUAAGACCAGAGAUGCAUACACAUGCAUGUUUUAUGUUUAUUUUAGUUUCCAGUUUUAACCACUCUUAUUCUCUAUCCAACUCUUGGUUCUUUAUUUCAUCCAGUUGCGCACCUGGACACCGCCCCUACCAUUAGGUAACACUCCCAAACUAAAGAACGCGACAAACUAUAUGAGUAUAAUGCUAAUAAAACAUGACACAAAGAAUUCUAUCCUUUAAUGUCAAGGGCCUUAACAGCCCAAACAAACAUAAAUUACUAUUGAGGGAUCUCAAAGCGCGCAGGCUGGUUCGGGAUACGAAUGCUGCCCCUUGUGGGCGUUCGGUGAUACAAACCUGCGGCCACCCAGGGGAAGCAUGCAGCGCUUGUUUCCCUUGCGGUCUGCGGUUUUCCCACCUCAUUAGCGAGCUGUGAACAUUCUAACCGCACGUUCUAAAUGGAGUAUGGGGGUGGUCCAGCGCACAGGGGCUGUGCUUCGGAGCACCCCCAUGUGGUUGAAAAGUAACUUGCAUGGUUUAGUGUAAAAAUUACAAAAAGGGGAAAAAUUACAAAGGGGAAACACACAUUCCAGGAGAGUAAAAGGGCAAUUCACAGUUAGGCAGUGGUCCUGCCACACAGCUCCCCCUUAACCAACAACGGCAUACACUGCCUGAUCCCGACGGAUCAGCUGGGGAAUGUUCGGAAGAGUGCUCAUGAAUCUUUUAUCUAGGGCUGUCUGUCUGGACAACCAAUCAGCAUUGCCAUUCUGCUUACUGGAUCUGUAGUGAAUGGUAAAGUCAUACGGUUGUAGGGCCAGGCUCCACCGUAGUAGCCUGGCAUUGUGCCCUGUGACCUGGUUAAGCCAUACAAACGGGUUGUGAUCCAAGAGCAGGGUGAAUUGCUGUCCACACAGAUAGGGCUGCAGCUUUUUGCUCACACUCUGGGGUUCAGCGUACUUGUCUGGACAGGGACUUUUUGGUCAGGUCAGUGAGGGGUUUUGCUAUGGCACUAUAGUUGGGGACAAACUUCCUAUAAUAGCCAGCCAUCCCUAGAAAAGCCAUCAUCUUGGUCUUAGGGGAUGGGGCCAGCUAGCUACUGCCUCCACUUCGGCAGGCUCGGGCUUCUGUGACCCACACCCCACCCGGUGCACCAGGUAUUGCAGUCCGCCAUCCCCAGGGUGCGAUAUGCACAGACAUACUCUUGGAGGCCAUCUAACAGAUGGUCCACCAUGCUUUGGAAAGUGUUUGGGGCGUUCUUCAUCCCGAAUGGCAUUACCUUAAACUGGUAAAGACUAAAGCGGGUGACCCAAGCAACAGCCAAUCUGGAAAAAUUUCGGGAACCAAAUCACGCCAAUCAGUGCUCGGGGAGAGGAGGCGUUCCGCCAGCCCAUCAGGGGAAAGGGCACAAAACCAAAUCAUGCAAAUCAGCACUCAGGGAAGGUGUUUUGCUGGCCAAUCGGGAGAAAGGGCGUGAACGAAUUUGAAUGGUAACCCUUCUCCUAUUAGGUGCAGACCUCCCGGUGGCCAGCAGCAACCCUGCAGCUGUGAGGCCGACUCACAGUUCCAGGGAUUCUCUGCUGGGCUCACGUCUCCCCCCCUUCCGGUGGAUAUCUCCAUGCAGGUAGCACCAGAGAGAGCACUCUUUGGGCAGCCAAUAACCCAGAUAGUGAUUAGGCUCUUUUGGACGAGUUAAGGCGAUCCGAACUGCCAGUACCCUAAAAGGGUGUCCCCACCAACCUCAGGGACCCGUUCAGGGAGUCCCGAUGAGAAGACCCCGCAAGGGAAGUGUCUCCUUACGGGACACGAAUGAUCCCCCUGGUUGGCAUUCGCCUAUGCAAAUUGGCGGCCACCCAUGGGAGCACCGCAUUAAUUACUUCCCUUGCGGUUUCACAUCUAUGUUGCUGGUACGAGCGUUCUGAUUAAUUGGUGUGAACAUACCAAUGGGAUACCCGAGUGACCCUCGUUCAGGAGACAAACAGGUUCCAUUCGUAUGACUGCUCCUUAACGGUAAACAGGGCAUAUUACAUGAAAUAUAAGGGGAAACACAGUACUAGGGAAAAAAUACACAAACAAGCAGGUGGGCAUAAGUGAGGAUGGCACUCGGUGAUGGCGUUCCGUCACAGUGACAAUGGGCAAAACCUUAAAUUCCAGUAUGCCUUGAUAGUUUUCGAGAAGCAAAGCAAGGUCCAGAAUAUCACUGAGCCUCCUCCAUAUUACACAGUAGGAAUUAUAUUUUUUUUAUACUUUCACUAAAGCUACAAUGAUUGAAAGAAUAGUGAUAUUUGAGUAGUAUUUCCCCAUUAAUCAAACAAGUGCAGCUAUGAGUCAGUUAAAAAACUAAAGGGACCCUCAAGUCCCGAAAAUACCAAUACUUUUUUUUUCAGAUUUUGUUAUUUGUUCUCGUCUAUUGCUGUCAGAACUGUCUACCCUCUUUGUUAUUAAUAUUAAAGCUUAAUAAAGAUUACUUACCUCAUUUCCAGUGUAGAGACUUCUCUUCUGCAGCAGCCCACACAGCCUUUGAAUACAUCAGCAAGCUUGUUGAUAAUGUCCACGGUCCUCGAGCAGCAUUUGAUUGCCGGACCGAGUUUCACUCGGUUCUAAAGAGGAAGAGCCUCAGAAAGACAGUUACUAGAGAUUUAUUUAAUCCUUCUUAAACAUUCUACAAAACUACAAUGGCUUACAUUUCAGAGUUAAAAUGACAGGACCACCGCACCCAGACCACUUCAUUAAGAUGAAGUGGCCUGGGUGACUUUAGUGGUCCUUUAAAGAGAGCCACUACUGCAAUGGGGAACUACUGUGCAUGCAUUUUAAGAACUGUCAGGAUUAUUUGAUAAUUUUUGAAAUUUUUUAGUCAAAUUGAAUUUCCAACUUUAGGUCAAAAAUGCUGAAUUGGAAAUAUGCUACUAGUCAGAUACGUUUUCAGUUUGGCUAUAUUAGCUUAAAAGCUACACUUUAUCCACACAUCCUUGUCAAUGAAUAUAUUAGUACAUUGGUGAAGUUUAAUAAUAAUCCAAAAUAAUAAAAAUAUACUGUACCAAUCAUUAAAAAAUUGAUUUAAAAACAAGAAAGAAUUUCAGGAAUAUCUGUGAUACUGUAUUGCUUAUUUUGUUGUACAUUUAUUUUAGUUUUAUUGUGAAAGUACUGUGUAUCUUUUACAGGACUCUUGUGUUGAUAAUAUUGUUUGCCCAGUACCUGCGAAACAAAACCUUUACCUUCCCAGGCUACCAAUAUGGAAAAGGUCUACGGACAUAUAAAAUACAAAUCUUCAAGAUGUUUCCGGUAAGAGAAAAAAAUGCAACAAAUUAAUAAAGAAAAUAACUAAGCAAAAAUGAAUUUUUUUCUCAUUAUUUUCAAAAGGCAUUAAAUAGUUGCAAAGCAAAGAAAAAAAUGUGGUUUUGUUGAAUUUAAAGCGACAUUAUAGUCAUGAAAACAACCUUAGGUUACUGAUGCAGUUUUGUAUAUCCAUUAUGUCACUGCAGUCUCACUGCUCAAUUCCCUGCCAUUUAGGAGUUACAUCCCUUUUGUUUCUCUUUAUGAAGUCCUGGUCACAACUCUCCAGGCUGUGACUGACACAGCCUACAUGAAAAAAAUGGUUUAAUUUUCAAUCAGAUGUUAACUUACUUUACAAGUUUUUAUCUCCUGCUCUGUAAAUUUAACUUUUAUUACAUAUACAGGAGGCUACUGCAGGGUAUAGCAAGCUAUUAACAGAGCAGAUAUAAGAAAUUCUGAAUUAAACAGAAUUUGCAAUAAAGGAAGGAUAAACAUUAGAUGACUCUUCACAGGAAGUGUUUAGGAAGGCCGUGCAAGUCACAUGAAGGGAGGUGUGGCUAGGAUUACAUAAACACAAUGAGUGAUUUAACUCCUAAAUGGCAGAAAAUUGAGUAGUGAGACUGCGGAAGCAUGAUCUAUACACCAAAACUGCUUCAUUAAGCUAAAGUAAUUUAGGUGACUAUAGUGUCCCUUCAAGUAUUUUAAAAGAGGACAAAUUGUGAACAAUUAAGUAAUAACAAGGUGCAAUGCCUGUCAGCGUCUGGACAUAUUAGAACUGGAAAGCUUGCAGGUAUCAAAGCCUGGCUGAGAGUGAUACAAGUUAAAGUAUGCAGACUCUUAAAUGAGUGCCCCUUUAACCCUAAGUCCCAUUAACCUUAAGCCACCGUAUAGCUUACUCAAUUCCAAACCCUAAGUCCCCCUACACCUAAUGCACAGGGAACACAGCUUUUCCCUAAUCAUUACAGCAAGAUACUGUGUGCUGCAAAGAUGCCCCUCCAUAUAACCAUAUAUAAUACACAUAAUGAUGUUGCCACAUUCAUACAAUCUUAUGUUUUGCAGAAUCAAAUACAAGCUAAACAAUAUUUAAGAUAUGAUAGAAAAGUAUUGAUCUGGCAAUGUAGUCAAAGUAGACCUGCACAAAUAUUUAUUUUGUAGGUUAACCCCCACAGCCCAGAUUGAGGUUACUUUAUUAUUAUUAGUAGUAGUAGUAUUAGUAUUAUUAUUAUUAUUAGCAUUUAUAUAGUACCAACUUAUUCAACAGUGUUUUACAAUAAUAUACAAGUGGAAAUUUAACAAAUUAUAGCAAAUAAUACUUGCUACAUAAACUAAAAUGCACGUACUUGGUUCUUGUUUUUUUAGAUAAUAUUGGCUGUUAUGGUAAUGUGGCUGCUGUGUUAUGUUUUGACUCUGAGUGACGUAUUUCCAGAAAAUAAUAUGUCUUAUGGAUAUGCUGCCAGAACUGAUGCAAGGGGUGAAAUUAUGUCCAGUUCUCCAUGGUUCCAGUUUCCGUAUCCAUGUACGUGUACAUUUCUUGAUUUCAAAGUUUGAAUCAGAUUUAUUUGCAAUAUCUCAGAAACAAAACAUUUUUACCUCAGCUCAAACUUUUAAAAUAUCUUGCUGCUACUAACUCAAUCUGCUGGUAAGUCCAACCAGGAAGUCAGCCGACCCCACGUAUGAUUUCAGGAGAGUGCAUAUUCCUCUGCUGUUGUCACAUUGUGCUCUCUGUCCAUCUUGCCUUAUGUCAGUCUGCUCCCCUAACCAGGUUGUGCCACUUUGACCCCCUUAUCCCCAGUCCCAUUAGCUUAGUAUUACUCUGUAUAUAAUCCAGUGCCCUUCUAUCCCCUUUGUCACUGUGUUCCCAUCUGUAUCACUCUGUCAAUCUAGAGUGUUUAAGCCCUCUGUUAUUCUGUCCCCAUAGCCCUGUGUCACUCUACCUCUCUAACUUCCUGAUCCUAACCAUGGCCACUCUGUCCCUCUAACCCCCUCCAACUCUCUAAACCCAAUCAGACAGCCACAAGAGGUGAUUCCUAUUAUGGUCUUGCAAUCUCUAGAGGGUCGACAUUCUGGGUCUUCACUCUCUGCAUGAAGAUGCUAAAUUUGCACUCCAUCCAAAUUUGAAAUAUGAGAAACUGGAACUUAUUCCUGGUCCACCCAUAUGAGUGCAAUGAAGAAUAUUUGCUUUAUUUCUUUGUGCUAGCUGCUGUAGACACCUGCUUCCCCCCCAUAUUUGGAUCCCAGUAUUAAAACUGACAAUUCCGACAUUUGUUUGGAUGGGUAAGUCUCAAUGGAUUGAAUAAUACACACAGAUUACACUUCACAGAAACUAGGAGAGAGAUAAACAAAAAUAUAAUCAAGCAGUCAGUACACCUAAUGCAAAUAAUUUUAUAGUGCAUCACCCAGUGCAUACGUUGUAGGUUAGCUUAGAAGACAAUAAUACCCUUAUUUACUUACUAGGUUCUCCCAUGCAAGGUAGGUCUCUCAUGGGACUAGCACUUUUGAGACAUGCAGUAUUUUUAAGAUAUCAAACCUGUCACCUGCAUAUCUUAAAUAUUAUCUAUUUCCAUGCAGGCACAAGGGUUUACAUUUUAGAUAUUUCCUGGAAACUCAGAAUGCUCAUGUAGUGAUCUCAGGCCUUGUUGAACUCUAAAACCUUACUGUAUACCUGUCAGACAUCUCAUUAAUAUCAAUAUGUGGAGUUUUUUCAAGCAAAAAAACCUUACACCACAUGGGCCGUGCACUCCUUCAAGGAAAGCUAUUUCAUCUAUAUAUCAUGCUGAUCUAGAAUAGAUGUAUUAAGAUUCAGUAGAUGGAACAAAAUAAACUCAGGGGAUUCUGAUUUUUGAUAUAGUGAAAGUAGUCCAUAGCAUUCACGCAUACUCAGGUAUUAAUAAUUAUUUUCAGGCAUAGUUUAUAUUCUUAUACUCAGAAUGUAUUGAUGCCAACUGUAUUUAAUUCCAACAACAAGCUACAUGUAAAGUCACCAUUGGUUCUUCACUAGUGAUGUCCCGAACGGUUCGCCGAACGGUUCGCCAUGGACUCCAGUCAGACACAUUCCAGCCAAUCAGCAGCAGACCCUCCCUCCCAGAUCCUCCCACCUCCUGGACAGCAUCCAAUUUGAAGCUGCAUUCUUAGUGAGUUGUCCAGGAGGUGGGAGGAUCUGGGAGGGAGGGUCUGCUGCUGAUUGGCUGGAAUGUGUCUGCUGACUGGAGUCUGUGGCGAACCGUUUGUGGCGAACCGUUCGUUAACCGUUCGGCGAACCGUUCGGCGAACCGUUCGGGACAUCACUAUUCUUCACUAGCAUUGGUUCACCUCUACAAGUACAUCCUAAUUAGUGACAAAAUGGACUCCAUCAUAUUUGGAAUAAUAUGAAAAUCUAUUAAAGGGAAAAUAAAACGUUUCUGCUAAUUACAUUAUUAUAACGUUUCUGCUAAUUACAUUAUUGAAUAAAACAUAUUAAAUCUUAAUAGGUAAACACAGUGGUGAGAAUUUCUAUGUGUAAUUUUAUUUAACAAACACAUACUUAUUAAACAUAAAUAUAGGGGAUAAGUAAAGCAUAGUAUAAAAAAAAACAUGAUGACAGUUCUCUUUCAAACAAAGCAACAUGCAGUCAUGCAUCAAACAGAAUCAUUUGUGUUCAGUCAAGCUCAGUCAAAUUAUAAACAUUGGUUACGCCUCGCCAGUCAACAAUCAUUUGUCAAACUUUAAACUUUAUACUAAAAUAAGCUCUUUGUUCAUUAAUGAAUCCUAGUUAAGUUUGUGUAAUGGGUGUUUUGUUGAGGGGCAACCUGGAUAGGCCAAACCAGGCAAAUCUCCUAAGGGUGAGGGGUAAACCUUUUACGAGCACAUGAUAUUUUCAAGUACUAUUUGGCAGUGCUAACAAUGUAAGGGUUAUUUCUCCUACUUAUUUAUGUAACGACUGGCCAGUGCUUGCUAGCGAACCACCACAUACAAAAUAAUAAAAUAAAUAGAAACCUAUAGGUGUCAAUUAGACCCCCAUAGUACUAUAAGGGAGGUUUUAGACAUUUAUAUGCCCCCCACCUGCUGUGCAGCAAGGAAUAUGAAUGGAUCCACAUACAAUCACAUAUUUUUGAGUUGGCGUUUUGCCAACUUCUACACUGGGCACUGAAUGGCACCCUAGCACUAUGAAUUGCACUUAACACUUUUUUCUUGCUCUAUUUUUUAUAUUCCUAUGCCUGUCUAGUUAGUUUACCAGGGAGAGAGGCUUUAUAAAUUUAAAUAUACAUGGCAGUUCACUUUUGACUGACCAUUUGUUUCUACAAACUCCUUUCUCUCUACUUUAUAUUUAAGUCUCUCUCCAUAUGACUAUUCUGGACUUUUAUUUCCUGUAUAUUGGUAAGGUCUGCUGUUUUGCAAGAUCUCCUUCCACAUAUGGCUUGAUUUAACACAAACUUUUUUUGCGUUUAUACAUAUUCUCAGCAGACCUUUAUUCCAUGGUUUUUUACAAUAUAUAUGGAUACAGGAUAUUUGUGGGCUUUUGCACUCAGGAAGAUAGACACUGGCAAUUAGACAGAUAUACGAAUACCUUUUCCUAUUUAGUAUAUGUACUUCAUUAAAGCUGUUAUAUAGGAGUAAGGGUUUUUAUCAAUUUAUAUGAUCUAUUGCCAGUUCUUGUUGUGACCUAUGUGCAUUCCCUUUAGAGAGCAUAGGACUAUUAGUAUUGAUGUUAUAUUUAUUCUAUAUUUCUCACUAGAUUGUCUCUACUGGAUAUAUUCCCUAGCUAUUAUUCCUUCACGCUACAUUGCUACAUAGUAUUUCCAGGUAAUGUAGACAGACUGGGAUUCGUUAGACAUCCUAAACCUGCCUGCAUUUUUUCUAUUCUUUUGUGGCAUUUUCUAUUUGGGGUUAAGCCCCGUUGAGACCCCUGGAGUCUCUUGGCGGUAUUUAAGACUAUACUGUAUAGGUGUGUUCUCCCUGUUUUCUAGGGAGGUGAUACACACAGAUACACGCAUGGUCUUAAUUAAUUGUUGUUUUUUCAUCAUUAAAGGAACACUAAAGGGUCAGGAACACAUACUUGUAUUCCUGACCCUAUAGUGUUAAAAACCACCAUUUAGGUGGCUUGUCCCACUUACUCUCCUUAUAAGGAAUUAAAACUUACCUUAUUUCCACCGGCACUGGCCCCACCCCAGAUCAGUCUCCUUGGUGACAUCACCACAAUUGUUGAUUUUUAGCCAAAUUCGAUCCUUUCUUGUAGGGAAAGUAUUGGGUCAGCUCAAAUCAGCAAGGAGGCUGGAUGAGGGCGGGGCCAAAUGCUGUUUUGACCAAUCAGCACCUCCUCAUAUAAAUGCUUUGAAUUAAUGCAUCUCAAUGAGGAAAAUUCAGCGUCUCCAUGUAGAGAAUGGAGAUGCUGAACGGCAGUGCUGCCUACUGUGCAGCAAUGCCCCAGGAAGCACCUCCAGUGGCCAUCUGAGGAGUGGCAACUGCAGAUGCCCCUAGGGGGGACAAUGUAAACACUGCAUUUUCUCUGAAAAGGCAGGUUUGCAUAAAAAUGCCUGCAGGUAAUGAUGAUACUCACCAGAACAACUACAUUAAGCUGUAGUUGUUCUGGUAACUAUAGUGUCCCUUAAAAGAUUGAGGGGGAUAUACAUACACUCAUUCACUCUUUUCCACACAUAUGUAGCAAAGCAAUUUUGCCCUUUCCUGUCCUUUCCUGUGCAAUUAUUAACUAUUAGUAAUCAUUGACAGUUAAAUCGUGGAAAAAAUCAUUAUGUUAUGCAAUUUCACAUCAUAAAGAUGUGAGAGCCUCAUCCAUCUUGAGUAGCGUGCUAAUUCUGUCUCUCACUUUAAAAAGAACACUUAUUUCCAAAAGAUUGCAGACGAUAUUAUGGAAGUGUAAUAUGUGUAAAAUUUGCUGAAUGUGGCAGGGCCAUCCGAAUUGUCUUGCUCCUGUUAUAAACUCCUACAUCAAAAAAUAAAAAUUCCAAAUGAAUCUUUUGUUAUCUUAACAGCUGGAAAAAUGCUAAAUUAAAACUGUUCUUUAAAAUCUCGGUAAAUAUCAAUUCUUCUGCUGAUUCCAAUAAUAUUUCCCAUGUUGAAUAAUGUUGCUAUUAGUGAUAUCUCCAUUAAUUGCAGAUUGAAAAGCCAAUUGCCAACAUCAUUCAAAUAAAUUGUCAUGUAAAUGAAAACAAAUAAUUACUCCAGAACUAACAACUCUAGAGGGGGACAACAUUAAAUAUAGUUUUAUGUAAUCCUUCAUUUGAAAAAGUAAAUAUGACCAUCUGUUUCUAACAGGUCAGUGGGGAAUGCCUACAAUAACAAUAGCUGGCGUUUUAGGAAUGUUUAGUGCGACCUUGGCUGGAAUUGUUGAAUCAAUGGGGGAUUACUAUGCCUGUGCUCGGUUAUCAGGGGCUCCUCCUCCACCCGUUCAUGCUAUAAACAGGUACUGAAUAAGUUUCUAUGUAUGUUUGAUAUAAUUCUAGUUCUCUGUUUACACAUACACUACAUGACCAAAAUGACAAGUCUUGAAAAUUACAUUCAAAAUCAUAGGCAAUAAUUAGUUUGUUGUUUCACCUUUUCGUCACAUAAUAUCAUCAUCACCUCUAGGACAACUAGAGUAAAAUAGACUCUAGACUAGACUAGAGUAAAAUAUGAUGUUGAAAUAUUUAUGAGUAUUUACUCCUAUCAAUAUUGAGAUUUGAUACUGAUGUUGGGCAUUUUGACUUCCUCCUGUUUUAUUUUAAUGCAUCAUGAUCAUUAUUCUCUUAUUAAUAUUAGAUUGCACCUAUUACACAGAGCUGUAUUGACUACAAUAUUCCAAUUUGACUUGUGAUAUUCAGGCUUAAUGUAUAGGGGAGGCCCACAAUUAAACAUGUGAGGACUUAUAACUGCCAUAUAGCAGAGGUAGUCAAAUGUAAACAUACUUAUUGCACAUUUCUGAGACUGUCCAAUACUUUCAGGGGAAUUGAAAAUCACUUUGAAAACAUUCAUCUCCCUCCUACAGUUAUAUUAAGUACACUGAAUGCUAAAUGUACAAAAAGAACCUAUAAUAUAUAUAUUAUUUUCUCCAGGGGUAUAUUUAUUGAAGGAGUAUGCUGUGUUAUUGCUGGUUUACUAGGAACUGGAAAUGGAUCUACUUCAUCAAGUCCAAAUAUAGGUGUUUUAGGAAUCACAAAGGUAAAAACAUUAUGUAGGCUGGGUUUAUGACUUUUAAAAGGGGGACUCUAAGCACUUUAACCACAAUAUCUCAUGUAGAAAGUCUGUAGGGGUCAUCUCCUUGGUUUUCGUCAAUCUAUUUUUAAGAUGUUUGAUGUUUUGAUGUCAGCUGGUGUUCUUCUGAUACUGAAAGUCUGCCUCACUGCUGUGGAUCCAUAGCAGGAGAUGAAAUUUCAUCAAUAUUGGAGGCAGUAAUAGUCUAAGAGUGCUUACAGAACAUACAACGAUUAAAGGGACACUAUAGUCACCUGUACAACUUUAGCUUAAUGAAGCAGUUUUGGUGUAUAGAACAUGCCCCUGCAGCCUCACUGCUCAAUCCUCUGCCAUUUAGGAGUUAAAUCCCUUUGUUUAUGAACCCUAGUCACACCUCCCUGCAUGUGACUUGCACAGCCUUCCAUAAACACUUCCUGUAAAGAGAGCCCUAUUUAGGCUUUCUUUAUUGCAAGUUCUGUUUAAUUAAGAUUUUCUUAUCCCCUGCUAUGUUAAUAGCUUGCUAGACCCUGCAAGAGCCUCCUGUAUGUGAUUAAAGUUCAAUUUAGGGAUUGAGAUACAAUUAUUUAAGGUAAAUGACAUCUGUUUGAAAGUGAAACCAGUUUUUUUUUUUUCAUGCAGGCUCUGUCAAUCAUAGCCAGGGGAGGUGUGGCUAGGGCUGCAUAAACAGAAACACAGUGAUUUAACUCCUAAAUGACAGUGAAUUGAGCAGUGAAAUUGCAGGGGAAUGAUCUAUACACUAAAACUGCUUUAUUUAGCUAAAGUAAUUUAGGUGACAAUAGUGUUCCUUUAAGUACCAACAGUAGGACAUUGUAUCAAAAUUCAUUAUUACAACGUCUUGUUUUCCUGCAUAUUAGCUUCACAGUAGAUGAGGUACAAGGAAGAAAAGUUAAUUCCUAUUAAGUUCUGACCCUCACACCAGUAAUAUGAAUGUUUCUUUAGGUCUCUACCCCAAAAAUAACAGAAUAAUGAAUAGAUAGCUCUGAUGUCUAUGAGUAAGGAUAGAAAUGUAGAUGUACACAUCUUAGACAUUUUCUAGUGUAAAUGUUUGACAUCAGCAUGUGGUAAAUUUGCAGCUUAGUACAUUUUCUAUUCAGGUGGCAUUCUUUCAAAGAUAUUUCUCAAAAAGCUAAAACAUUAAAACAUCUUCAUGCGAAUUUGCAUAAGAAAUUUUAUUUCAGUUUCUCACGUAACAAUUGUUAGAACCAUGCUUUCUAUUUUCUCAACACUAUUUUUCAAGGUUGGCAGUAGAAGAGUUGUACAAUAUGGUGCUGGAAUCAUGUUUAUUUUAGGAACAGUAGGAAAAUUUACAGCACUAUUUGCUUCAAUCCCUGAUCCAAUUCUUGGUGGAAUGUUUUGCACAUUGUUUGGUAAGUUCUAUAUAUCCUUGUUUAUUUGUAAUAAUUAUUAUAGAUUGUCUCAAAUACCCCAUAUGAUUGUAAACUGCUGCGGAAUAUGUUGGUGCUAUAUAAAUGAUAAAAAUAAUAGUAAAAAUGAUAAUAAUUUAAGGAUGCUUACUUUUCUUUUCAAAUGUUUUUUAUUGUUUUUAAAAAAUAAUAAAACAUUUAUACUUUUUUGUCAAUGUUUUAACAAGCAGCAAUGUAUAAACAACAUGAUAUGUGAGCAUUGACAUAAAGAAAAAAGAUCUUCAAUAUAGAGACGUUAUCAAUAGUAUUAGUAACAGCAUUAAGAUCAUAAUUGAAAAAAACAGAAAAAAAACUGGUGAAAAUGAAUACAUUUCACAUUCAUAGUAUGAUAUAAAAUAAUUAAAUGCAAAUAAGUGUAUAUAAAGAAAUAAAAAGUUUUUAUAAGUCAUAUAUAUUUGCAUAGAUGUCAUAUGACAGAUAAGGUAGAUAAUGAGUCAAACAUAAGUGAAUGUUUUUAUCAGUCAGGUGGGAACAUGGUCAAGCUUGUACUUGCUCCUCGUAGUUUUCUCCCAUUCAAACCAGUCAUGUCUGAGAAGUACAUUGGUAGCAGAUGGUACACCGAGAGCAAGCUCGCAUCUUUUAAUCCUUAACAAAAACUGUAAAAUGUCUUUAACAGAGGGAAUAGUAACAAGUUCCAAUAUCUAGAAAUAAUUGAUGUAGCUGAGAUAAAGAGGUGGGCUAUCAUAAUUUCUUUGUGUGCUGAUAAAUCUUCAGGGAAGUGGUUAAGUAAACAUAAUCCAGGUGUUAAAUCGACAUGGAACUCAGUAAUAGAUAUGAUUCAUUCUAAUGUUUUAUUGCCAGUAAUCAGAUAAUUUUUGGCAUGAUCAAAAAAUAUGGUAUAAAGUACCUGUCUCUUUAUAGCCUUGCCAACAUAAAUUAGAUGUGGAGAGGUGUAGUCUGAACAUUUUAAAUGGGGAGGAUACUUGCUUUUCUCAUUUCCUAAAAUCAAAUGUCAUAUGGACAAACCUGAUCAAAUAUGUUUUGAACAUAAUGGAUUUAAACCAUUUUUAAACCUUGAUUAUUAUGUAGUAUUUGCUCUAAUUUUCUAUAAACUGCACAUUUCUGGUAAUUAUUUUUUUAUUAAAAUAAAACACAUUUUAAGCUACAUUAGUAUUUACAUUGUCACCAGGGCCAGACUGGCCCACCAGGAUACCGGGAAAUUUCCACAUGGGCUCCAGAACCUGAAUUCAGUCAGUGCAGACAGGUUUUUUAAAUAAUUUUUUAUUAAAUAUUUGUUUUGCCACAGACUGUUUGCUGGUUCCUGGUGCAGCCGAAUUGGUGGGCGCAUUGAGGAUGCCAGUACACCCUACUAAUAGCAGUGAGGCGUGAGAGAGUACUGCAAGUGUCUCUCACAAAUACCCCAGCACCGUUUUCAGUUCAUCCAGCAUGCCCGUCUUCUGGAAGUUUUAGUUGGCUGCUAAAUGCAAGGAGCAGAGGGAGCCAGACACUUCUCGUAGAAUCAAAAAAUAUACACAUAGGAUAAGCGCUAGAGUAUCAACUGAUUAUAAAUAUAUGACAGCAGGCAGCAAACACUAAUAGUAAGAGUCACCCUCAAUCCCUUACUGAAAGAUAACACACAAAUCACAAAUCAGAAUCAAAAUAAAUAAAUAUAUAAAUAAGAGUGGAGCAGUAUGAAAAAAAAUAAAAAUAAACGUUUAGGUGAAAAACCCAAGACCAAGUAUAAAUUGUAAAAAGUAUUGCAGUAAUACUCAAUGGUCAGUAGAUAGCGCCAAGUUAACACAGCUCACAGCACAUGUAAAGGAAAUGCAUUAAUACACAUAAUAGUGCAGAUUAUUUUAAAUAUAAAAUAUUUUCAACACCAUCACUAAUGUACCAAAAUUCCCCCAAUAAUUAUAAUAAGGAGAUCGGGUAUCUGUCAUAUAGUGAUGGAAUGCUUAUAUAAGCAAAGUGCAGACAAAUGUAUUAAAACUCUGUGACAAUAAAAACAAAUAAACAAACUGUCUCUUACAAGAGAACGUGGUAUUUAUUUAAUUUUUUGGGGGUACAUUUUUAAUCAUUCAUCCACUCUGCCAGUCCACCCCAUAUUCCUUAAUUUCAAUAUAAAUCUGUAGAUUUUUAUAUGCAUGUAAUCAAUAUGCACCAGUAGACAAUCACAGUCUACUUAAACUAAUAACACACAAAGAAUGAAAUGUUGCCGUGUUUUUAUUGAACACACCGUGUAAACAUUCACAGUGCAGGUGGAAAAAGUAUGUGAACCCUUGGAUUUAAUAACUGGUUCAACCUCCUUUGGCAGCAAUAACUUCAACCAAACAUUUCCUGUAGUUGCAGAUUGCAGUUGCAGGAGUAAUUCUUGACCAUUCCUCUUUACAGAACUGUUUCAGUUCAGCAAUAUUCUUGGGAUGUCUGGUGUGAAUCGCUUUCUUGAGAUCAUGCCAGAGCAUCUCAAUCAGGUUGAGGUCAGGACUCAGUGACUGGGCCACUUCAGAAGGCCUAUUUCUUCUGUUUAAGCCAUUCUGUUGUUGAUUUACUUAUAUGCUUUGGGUCAUUGUCCUGUUGCAACACCCAUCUUCUGUUGAGCUUCAGCUGGUAGACAGAUGGCCUUAAGUUCUCCUGCAAAAUGGGAAUUAAUUUUUCCUUCGAUGAUAGCAAUCCGUCCAGGCCCUGACGCAGCAAAGCAGCCCCAAACCAUUAUGCCCCCACCACCAUACAUCACAGUUGGGAUGAGGUUUUGAUGUUGGUGUGCUGUGCCUUUUUUUCGCCACACAUAGUGUUAUGUGUUUCUUCCAAACAACUCAACUUUGGUUUCAUGUGUCCACAGAAUAUUUUGCCAGUACUGCUGUGGCACAUCCAGGUGCUCUUGUGCAAACUGUAAAUGUGCAGCAAUGUUUUGUUUGGACAGCAGUGGCUUCCUCUGUGGUAUCCUCCCAUGAAAUCCAUUCUUGUUUAGUGUUUUACGUAUUGUAGAUUCACUAACAGGGAUGUUAGCAUUUGCCAGUGACUUUUGUAAGUCUUUAGCUGACACUCUAGGAUUCUUCUUCACCUUAUUGAGCAGUCUGCGCUGUGCUCUUGCAGUCAUCUUUACAGGGUGGCCACUCCUAGGGAGAGUAGCAGCAGUGCUGAACUUUCUCCAUUUAUAGACAAUUUGUCUUACCGUGGACUGAUGAACAGCAAGGCUUUUGGAGAUACUUUUAUAACCCUUUCCAGCUUUAUGCAAGUCAACAAUUCUUAAUCGUAGGUCUUCUGAGAGCUCUUUUGUGCGAGGCAUUAUUCCCAUCAGGCAAUGCUUCUUUUUAAAAGCAAACCCAGAACUGGUGUGUGUUUUUUAUAGGGCAGCUGUGUGGGGAUAUUUAUGGGAUGAUAAUAUUAAACAGUCGAGAAUUGCCCACUAUUUAAAUUCGCUUAGAUUUUAGAGAUCGUUUAUCAUGUAAGUGAAAUGUAUUCCAUACAAAUAAAAUCACGUGUUGUAAAAAUAGAUUUAAUUUAUUGUAACAAAUUAAAUUACAAUAAUAUUAGGCAGCAUGCAUGAUAAUAAUCAGUGAGUAUUUAGUAUAACAUAAGUAUGCAAUACAAUGGAAUGACUAUACACGUUCCAAUGGCUAACAGCAUCAACUGUCACUUGAUAAGAUUUAUGAGGGUACUUCACAGACAAAAAGUAAAGCUUCACACAGCGAAAAGCCAUAAAACCUUGGCUAACAGUUAAAUCAACUGAGUAACCCUUUCAAUGCUGGCUAGAUCCUCCUAGGCAUAUAAUAUCCUAUUCUCAUGUAAUUUUCAAUUAAAAUAACAUUCAAACCAGCUCAUUAGUCAUUUCCUGGAACCAUCCAAUAAGAAUAAUCUACCAGAUUUUUACAAAAGCCGAAUUUUAAUUUGCCUAAAAAGAUAUCUUAUCUUAUUUUAGAGCAAAUCAAUACACCUGGAUAAAAACAGCGGUAUGCUAACACGUGAUACUAUCACAUUAAUAUAUAAUUAUUCUUAAUUCCACCUGCAGAAUGGAAUGUUUAUAACUAUAUAUUCUUUAGUUAACUAAGAUUUCUAAAUAUUGAAAUCUGACCGUGAUUUAUCCAGUCAUAUAUCAUGCUAUUAGUAAAUUUUUAAUUAAUUUAGAUUAAUUAAAUAAAACCUAUAAUUACCAGUUAUGUAGAUAUUCUUGUCAGAUGAGUAGGUAGUCCCAGAAAUAUGAUUGGUUGUAUGGAGGUGUGCAAGUAAUAGAGAAAAGUGAUGUUGGUUAGAAAGUCAGAGUAAAUUUUAAGUGUCAAGGAGUUUAAGAGUUGAGUGUCAGUCCCAGAGAGUGUUUCUUGAGUCUCUCUCUCCGCAUGUCCGAAUCUGAAUCCCCAAACUCCACCUAACUCCCUCUCUCUACCAACUUACCUCUCUCUUCCCUUUGUCCUAACUUUUAAAGGGCAAGACUCUCUGUACGUCAUUAGUUGAUAAGCCAAUAGGAAACUGUAGAUGGGUUCAAUCGAUGGAUCGCAAUUUAGGUAUUUGAUCCAUAGAGGGCAGUCUCGUCUUACUAAACCUUCCUAUCCAGGAGAGCGUUAACUUUUCCUGAUGACGAUUUUGAUGUCAUUUGGCUUAUCUAAAAUGACUACCAUAACUUAGAUUUGCUGCCAGUUCAAAGCGUUUGUCUCAGUCUUUGUGGCAACUACUUUGAUCGUAAUUUGUAAGUUGACAGUUCUAAACUCAAUUUCACCCCUUACUUCCAAUGGGACCUUGUAAAAUUUAGAAAGUAAAAUUAAUUACUUAGUCUUCUCUGUCACUAGUGUCUGUGUUUAUAUAAUGCAUACCUUAGCUCAUGCUCAGUGGUUAGUGAAAGCAAGGAAAUUAUGUGUCUUUGUUAUCCUGAAGAUAGCAAAAUGGAGUCCGCUCUGUUCUGAGUAACUCUGGCAAUAUACACUUUUAAUUUCUUUCUUAGCACAAAAUGUCUGCCGAUAUAAAUAUUCUGACAGCUGUAACCAACACCUCCAAUCUCAUCUCAUUGAUUGAACUCCAGUUGGCUGACAUCUCAUUCCAAUUAGCUCUUGGAGAUGUCAUUAGUCUAGGGGUUCACAUACUUUUUCCACCUGCACUGUGAAUGUUUACAUGGUGUGUUCAAUAAAAACAUGGCAACAUUUCAUUCUUUGUGUGUUUUUAGUUUAAGCAGACUGUGAUUGUCUAUUGUUGUGACUUAGAUGAUGAUCAGAUCACAUUUUAUGACCAAUUUGUGCAGAAAUCCAUAUCAUUCCAAAGGGUUCACAUACUUUUUCUUGCAACUGUAUGUUUUUAACUAAUUCAGUGCAGUCAAAAAAUGUAUUUACUACUUUUAAAUGCUAUUUUGUAUGUAUUUAUUUUUUAUAUGUGUUUUUUACAAAGAUUUUCAAUCUGCAAUGAUGUCUAUUUUAUAAAUACUAUUUUGUAAAACACAAGGACUCUUUCAAGUAAGGACCUUUUUUUUAUGCCAUCUAAGAUAAUGAGUAUAUGGGAGUAUGCAAAUAAAGCUUAAUUGAUACUCCUAUUAGGAACAAGAACUAGUCUUUUCUUUAAUUUAAUUGUCUCAAGGUAUUAAUUACGAUAUAAGCUAAAUGUGUUUAGGACCAAUGCAGAGGAGGGUGACUGAUGAGCUUCUAGUCAAGGACAGGGCUAGCAUCAGAAAUCACCUCUUACAAAAUCAUGUUGCUAGGCCCCUCUGGCACACAUUCCCAGAAACAAAACCUACAUACACAUCUCUAGACAUAUGCAUACAUGAAUAUGCUGUCAGAUACAGAAACGUAGAUACACAUUCUAAGCUACACGUUUACAUUCCAAAACAAAGAACAUGCAUCAAAGACUAACACAGACAUACAUUGCCAGACACACACAGAUAUAUACAGCAAGCCAUGCACAUUACCAGGCCUAAUCUGCCAUUAAUAUACAUACAAAAACAAAAUGAUCCACACAUAGACAAUUACACGUAUGCAAUGACACACAAAUACACAUAGAUAAACUUACUCUGACCCACACCCUGCAUACACAAACACACAUGCACACAUUGAAAUUGGUUGCAAAAGGCUGACUUGACCAGGUUCUAGUGGCAACUGGCUGCAAGUAAUUGUUUCUACUUUCUCCUAUUAUCUGUGUGCCAGGAGGAAGUAAUAUUUAAUCACACCAUCCUAGUUCCACAACUGCCUUUGGAGGGAACAGUUACAGUAAAGUUGUUCUAUUCUUACUGCCUGGGCUGCAUUUACCAGCGUCCAGGCUGGUGCACUGGUAAAUGCAGUCCAAUUUGGGGAGACAUUUCUAUCUCCCAAACUGGAUCACAGCUGGAGAACAUAGGUUUCAAAGAAACAUUCCAUGCACCAUAACAACUACAACCCUUUAGUUGUUAUUCUAUAGAUAUCUCAAUAGGAUAAAACACAGCAGAUGCCACAUCACGGUUAUUGGCUGAGAGUGCUCUACUAACAUUCUCAGUCAAUGAAAGCAGUUCUGCAUGACCCUGGUUUUCUCUGUGCAGAGAAAAAAAUCCAGAUUCUCCUGCAGGAAUAGACUGGGUGCAAGAGAUGCAGCUGCAAGUGCCCAGAGAGACCCCGUACUAACCAUACUCUGUAAAUACAUUUUUUCAGUCUACUCUUACAGCAAAAUUGUGCCAAUUUUGGGUUUAGUGAAAAACAAAGUAGAGGAUAAUAUUUUGCUUUUCUAAAUGUGUGUAAGUUUAUCUACGACACAAAUAAGCAUUGUAAUACAUUUAUCAAAGCAUUUGCAAAAAUAUUAUGGUGUAAAUUUUGUAUUUGUUAAAUUUAUUAUAAUAUGACAAUUUGAGGAAUUAUGAAUACAAUAUAUUAUUUUUAUUUAUUUUCAGGCAUGAUAACAGCUAUUGGCCUUUCUAAUCUUCAGUUUGUUGACAUGAAUUCUUCUCGAAAUUUGUUUGUGUUGGGUUUUUCCCUGUUUUUUGGAUUAGUAUUACCAAACUUCUUAGAUUCACACCCUAACUAUAUAAAAACAGGUAAGAAUUUUUACGAGUGCUAAAAUUUACAAUCCUAACCUACCAUUCAAGACCUAAAGUUACUUGCUACUAAAAAUGAAUGUGACAAGAAUUUUGAUUCAUAUAUUAUUACUGCAUGGAGAGACAAUGUGUGUUUGAUGUGUAAAUGCAUUAAUGUAUGUGGAUGAAGGAUAAGUGUGUGUGCGUGAAUGCAGGGAUUUGUGUGUGUGAAUGCAUAGUUGUGUUUAAAAUGUAGAUUUUGUAUUGUACAGGACACAGAGAUUGAACAAACACGCUGGAUAGAGACCUAUGAGUGCACUUCUUUUCUGUGGUUUAUAUAUAUAUAUAUAUUUAUAUAUGUACAAUAAGAUACAAACAAAUGCAACUGUUUAACACUAGGAAAGGGAAGAAAGUGAUACAGCCUCUUUUGAUUAGCAGGAUUAUUGCUGUAAAUGUCAAUCCAUAUUGUUGUUACUUUCUGCCUUACCUAUUAUUUUACUUAAUAAUAAUUUGCUUUUAUAGGGAUAACAGAAAUGGAUCAAAUAUUGACUGUGCUUUUAACAACAGAAAUGUUCGUAGGUGGCUGCAUUGCAUUUUUUCUGGACAAUACUCUACCAGGUAUAUAAACAGUUCGUAUUUUGCAAAACAAUAUAUAAUACAAAAAGAAAAUAUUUCAAGAAAAUGUUUUAUUGAAUGAUUAUGCCUAAUUCAUUUCUAAUACCUGUUUGACAUGAAUGGGUGUUUGCACAGGUAAUAAUUACAUGUUUUAUACUUAAAGAAAAAAUUGUAUAGGCUGUCAUACAGGAUCAGGUUACCUUUCUUGUUUUCCUUAUAAAACACAUUUCUUCAAAUGACAUCCUCAAAUGAAAGCACCCUGCCUAAAAAUACAUAUUACAAAUCUAUAUAACAUUUUGAGAUUAGAAAUACAGCAUAUAGCAAAAUACAUAGAAAUCAAUACGUUUCCUGGUUUAUAAAUCUAUUUAUGCUAGCCUACAUGAUAUAAUGUUCUGAUAACUUCUUAUAACAUACCGUUUUAAAUGGCCAGUCUUACAAAAAUUGGCCCAAUUUUAUGAAUAAAUGUAAUGCAUGAGAUGUCAGAAACCAAAGUGCACCUUGCACUUUAGGAUAGUAUUGGGUAAGAUAUGAUAGAUAAAGCAUAUCUUUUUAGAAACUAAACAACAUGGGGAAUAAAUUGACUUGUCACUUCAAUUACAUAAUAACCCAAACAUAAAUCAUUCACAAAUUUCCAGUUAUUGCGGUGAUAGCAAUAACAGAUAAUUAUUGUCUUCUCCAAUUUAUAAAUGAGUAAAUCUAAUAGAAUAUGACAGUACUAUACUUUCCACUGUAGAUGAAAACCCUUCUGAGAAAAACAGUACGCAAUUUAAAUGUGUUGACACAGUGACGGAUCCAGAGCCUGAUCUCUGGAGGGGCACUUGUAGAUUAUUUAAAUAAAUAAUCCAGACACAAUAACCACUACAGCUCAGUGUAGUAGUUAUGGUGCCAGUAGUGCCAGAAUCCCAUCCCAGAGUAAGUAGUCAAACUGUUUAAGAACAGUUUGACAACUUACCUGGGUCUGCUGGGAUAUAGGGCAUAGGAGCAGUGGUAUAUGUUAGGGGUGAAGUGUGUAUUAAAGGUGCAGUGUGUGUGUGAGCGGUGAAAUGUGUGCGUGAGGGCGGCAGUGUAUGUCAGGGUUGCAGUGUGUGUGUUAGGGGGCAGUGUAUGUGUGGAGCAGUGUGUGUGAGAGUUGCAGUGUAUGUGUGUUUGGGGCAGUGUGUGUAUGGUGUGGCACUGUAUGUGUGUCUGGGGCAGUGUGUGUAUGGGGGGGCACUGUAUGUGUGUGUGGGGCAGUGUGUGUAUGGGGGGCACUGUAUGUGUGUGUGGGGCAGUGUGUGUAUGGGGAAGCACUGUAUGUAUGUGUGGGGCAAUGUGUAUAUGGGGGGCAGUGUGUGUAUGGGGCAAUGUGUGUAUGGGGGCAAUGUGUGUGUAUGGGGCAUUGUGUGUAUGGGGCAGUGUGUGUGAAUGGAGCAAUGUGUGUGUAUUGGGGGCAGUGUGUGUAUGGGGGGGAAAUGUGUCUAUGGGUGUGCAGUCUUUGUAUCGGGGGAAGGAGGGUAGGGAGGCUUUUUAAUAUAUUUUUUUAAAUUUUUAUUUAAUAAAAUUAAUAUAAUUAUGUCCCCCCUCCCUUCUUACCUUUAUUGAGGAGGAGGGGGGACAUUCCUCCAUCCCUGGUGGUCCGGUGGGGAUUCCCUGGUGGUCCCAGUGGUAUUUGAGGCUGCCUGGCCAUGCCGGUAUUGCAGUAAUACAAAUGCAUGUAUUUUUCUCAGUAAACUGUGAUUACUCUGCAAUACCAGCACCGGCCUGUAGGGGUGUAUGUGGAGAGAGGCAGGGAUAGGAAGUUGCAGCAUAUCCCUGCCUCUCUCUACUACUCACUGAUCCAUGGGUGAGCAGCUACACAGCACAGAGAGUCCAGACAGCAGCUCUACAGCUCAGGUAACUGAGGGAUGGGGGGAAAGGCAGCAGGGAGACAUGGGGACACAGACACUAGGGGACACAUGGGGACACAGACACUAAGGACACUGGGAGACCUGGGGACACUGAGAUACUUGGGGACACUGGAAAACAUGGGGACACUGUGAGACAUCGGGACACGGAGACACUAGGGACAAAGUGCCCCUAGUGGCUCAGUUUCCCCUAGUCUCCCAGUGUCUGUGUCCCCAUGUCUCUCUGUGUCCCCAGUGACUCAGAGUCCCCAUGUCUCCCAGUGUCCCCAUGUCUCCGAGCUAGUGUCCUCAGUGUCCCCCAGUCUCUCCAAAUGUCUGUGUCCCCAUUUGUCCACAAGUGUCCCCAUGUCUCCCAGCCAGUGUCCCUAGUGUCUCAGUGUCCCCAAGUAUCCAAGUAACAUGGGGACACACUGAGACAUGGGGACACUGGGAGAAAUGGGGACACUGAUACAAUGGGAGACUAGGGGACUGGGUGACAUGAGGACACUGACACUGUGAUACAUAGUGACACUGAAACACUGGGUGACCUGGGAGACAGAGAGACAGUGGGAGCAUUUCAUCUAUACAGCAGAAUCAAACUGUGUGUAGUUUGUUGGUGAUUUGACAGAAUUUUCUCUUAUGUCACUCGUCACUUGUGAUUUAUGUGAUGUCAUGCAUAACUAAUAAAUUAUGCAAAUGAUUAAAGUCAGUAUUUUUUUCCAAGAAAGGUUGCAACCCUAACUACUCUUCACAUACUCUUGCUUAAGGUAACACUAUAGGGUCAGAAACACAAUCAUGUAUUUCUGACCCUAUUAUGUAAAAAACACCAUCUAGCCCCCAGGCCCCUCUUGCCUCCCUAAAUAUAGUACAAUCUUACUUGUAUUCAAGUCUGCAGCUGCUGGCUCUGCCUCUGAACUGACUCUGUCUGCUGACAUCAUCAGAAGUGGUGGUCUGAGCAAGUUACAAUGCUUCCCCAUAGGAUUCCAAUUCUUUGGACAAACAUGCCCCCUUUUUGGGCAUGUUCACCCCUUUUGGCAGGUCUGGUCAAAUGAUUUGCGCCAGUGGCACACCCUUUUUUCCUGCCCAUUGACUUCCUGCUUCACUGGACACUGCUGUUAGGGGAUAUGGAUUUACUUGAAAGAUGAAAGCAUAAAUUAGGGAGAGAUUAGCAUAGAGUAUUUGUUUUCUGCAUCCUUUGAGUUUCCCUCCAACACUAUCUCCAUCAGAUACAUGACGCUUGGGAGGUACGGUUGUUUUAGUAUUUUUGGUCGAUAAGAUUCUGUAAUUAGGCCCAUCAUAAUUGUCAGCUCCAGGCCCACUGAGCUCUUAAUCUGGCCCUGGCUAGAGACCCCCAAAGAUGGUAUACCCACAAUAAAUGAUGUACGCAAUGACAUGCAUAAGAAAUACAUUUAAAAUAUAAACAUUUUAGGGCAGAGCUAGAAGCCAUCGUGUUAAGAGGCACUCACUGAGUGCUUUACGUCCACUAUGUGCUACUUUUGGCCAGAAAAAAAGCUCAAUAUUACUCUUUUUUGAUGGAGCAGACUAUAAUCAAUAAUGGGGAAAAGAACCCACAAGUCUUGGCCUGAUCCAAAGAUAUUAGGGACUCCCUAGCAAAGGCAUAAGAUGGUGGCUCCUUACAGAUCACCCUCUAAUUCAUCGAAGUAUCAAGACUUAGACAACCCUGACCCAGUCUCUGUUACAGGGGCAGAUGAAAUCCCUAUUUCAUAAGGGGAGGAUGAAUCCAUGACGACCAAGGCCGACAUUAAAGGCUUUCUGUAGGAUAACUGUAAGCUAUUCCAGGCUGAUGUAGCAGUGGUGCGACAGGAGGUUCACACUGUAACGGGUCGGAUAACGGCAGUAGAAGAAGACUUUCCAGAUCUUCACCAAGCUCAUUUAAUUAACUCUCUACUUACCCAGCAAUAUUUACAGUCACAUGAAACCCUUCCUAGCCCUAUGGCAGUAUUGGAAGAUAAACUGAGACAAUGCAAUCUGAAGAUCAGAGGUGCUGUAGGUUCUGUAGAGGCUACUGAACUGCCACAAUAUGUCAGAAUAUUGCUCUUCAUGCUGUUUCCUUCAAUGCAAGUAAAAGCAAUACACUUGGAAGGAGUGUUCAUGGUGGGAUGCUCAACCUAGAUUUACAAAUGCAUCCCCCAGGGACAUUGUGGUAAGAUUUCAACUUCUCUUUGACAAUCGAGCUGUAACGGCUGUGGUCCGUUCGAAACAACCACUGGUGUUUGAGGACUCAAGCCUCUCUUUCCACAAGAAUCUCAGAAAGGCAACACUUACCUGGAGCUUGCCCCAUUAAGUGCUUGCAAACCGCAGGAAUCAAAUACCGAUGGGGCCUUACGCGAGCUUUGCUGGCUGUCAGGUUUAUUGAUGUCAGGUACUGCCUAGUUUGGACAAAGCAGGAAGAUGCAUAUAUCCUUUGAGAUUUGCAGCACAUGCACAAAAUUGAAAAAUUAGUAGAUUUUUUUAAUUUUUAUAUUUAUUAUUAUUAUUAUGAUAUUUAUAUAGCGCUAUCAAAUUCCGCAGCGCUUUACAAUGGGUGGACGAACAGACAUGUAGUUGUAACCAGACAAGUUGGACACACAGGAACAGAGGGGUUGAGGGCUCUGCUCAAUGAGCCUACAUGCUAGAGGGAGUGGGGUAAAAUGGCACAAAAAGGUAAGGAUAGUAUUAGACUAGUGACAGUUGCAGAAGAGGAAUCAGUCAGGAGCUAUUAACAGUUUAAUUGAUACGCUUUAUGGAGAAGUGGGUUUUUAACAAUUUUUUUGAAGGAGUGGAGACUGAGCAUUUAACAGAGGAGGGAAGCAAGUUCUACAGGAACGGUGCAGCCCUCGAGAAAUCUUGAAGGCGAGCAUCAAAGGUGGGAGUACGGACAGAAGAUAGACGUAAGUCUUCAGCAGAGCGUAAGGGCCUAGACGUGACUUGUGUAUAAGGGAGGGUAGAUAGGUGGGAACAGCAUUAUGUAGAGAUUUGAAAGCAGGAACCAGAAUUUUAUAGUAAGCCAAUGUAGGGACUGACAGAAGGGUGAGGCAUGGGAGAUGCGGGCGGACAGGAAGAUGAGCCUCGCUGCCGCAUUCAUUAUGGACUGUAACGGCGCAAGUUGGGAGCACGUAAGACCACUGAGAAGUGGAUUACAGUAGUCAAGGUGAGAAAGGACAGUGGAAUGGACCAACACCUUAAUCACAUCUAGCAUUAAGUAGGGGCGGAUGCGUGCAAUGUUUUUGAGAUGAAAAUGACAGGAUUUGGUGAUAGAUUGAACAUGAGGCUUGAAGGAGAGGUCGGAGUCAAAGAGAACACCUAGGCAGCGAGCCUGCGUGGUGGAGCUGAUGGUAGCACCGUUGACUUGAAGGGAGACAAACACAGGAGUAACAACACUUGAGGGAGGAAAGACCAGAAUUUCAGUUUUGGUCAAGUUUAGUUUAAGGAAGUGGGCAGCCAUCCAGUUAGAAAUAGUAGAGAGGCAGUCAGAUACACUAGUCAAGAGGGACGGGGAGAGAUUAGGAGAAGACAGGUAGAUUUGCGUGUCAUCUGCAUAGAAAUUAUAUUGGAAGCCAAAGGAGCUAAUGAGUUUACCAAGAUAGGCAGUAUAGAUGGAGAACAGUAGGGGACCAAGGACUGAGCCUUGGGGGACACCAACAGAGAGGAGUUGGGGAGAAGAAGCAGAGCCAGAGAAAGAAACACUGAAAGAGUGCUGGGAGAGGUAGGAGAAGCACCAGGAGAGAGCAAUAUCUUGUAGACCGAUAUUGCGGAGGAUGAGAAGAAGCUGUUGAUGAUCAACAGUGUCAAAAGCCGCAGACAGGUCAAGGAGAAUUAGGAUAGAGUAGUGGCCACGAGAUUUUGCAGCGAGUAGAUCAUUGGAUACUUUGGUCAGUGCCGUUUCCACAGAGUGCUUAGCGCGGAAACCAGACUGAAGCGGGUCUAGCAGAGAGUUAGACUCGAGGAAGUCUAUCAAUCUCGCAUACACAAUUCUUUCAAGGAUCUUGGAUGCAAAAGGCAGUAGCGAGAUAGGACGAUAGUUGGAUGGGGAGUUAGGGUCAAGAUUGGGCUUCUUUAGAAUUGGGGUUACAGUUGCAUGUUUGAAGGGUGAUGGAAAUAUACCAGAGGAGAGAGAGAGAUUGAGCAUUUUAGUGAGAGGUGGAGAAAGAGAAUAAGACAGAGUACGGAUGAGAUGCGAGGGAAUUGGAUCUAGGGAGCAGGUGGUGGUGUGGGAGGACUGGAGCAGAGCAAAAACCUCUUCCAAUGUAGCGGGUGCGAAUGAACAUAGAACAGCAGAGGGAGUGAAGUUAGGGGAAGUAUUGUAAGGGGAAGAAGAAAGAUGAGAGAUCUCUUCUAUGAUUGUAGAGAUCUUGUCAGUGACGUGAGUUGCAAAGUCUGAGGCGGUCAAGUUAGUAGGUGGAGGAGGAACAGCAGGGCGAAGAAGAGAGUUAAAUGUGUGAAAUAGUUGUUUGGGUUCGCGGGAGAGUGUGGUUAUGAGGGUAUUGAAGUAAUUAACUUUUGCAGCGGAAAGAGCCAAGCUGUAUGAGCUCAGCAUACAUUUAUAGUGGAGAAAGUCAGAUGCACAGUGAGACUUUCUCCAACACCGUUCAGCAGUUCUGGAGCAUUUUUGGAGGUAUUGAGUGAGCUUGGUGUGCCAGGGUUGUUGUUGGGGGGGCCUGUGGCGUUUAAAUAUACAAGGUGCCAUGAUGUCUAGUUGAGUGGAGACGGUGGAAUUGUAGAAGGAGGUUGCAGAACUAGGACAGGUGAGGUUUGAGAUAAAUAAAAGGAGAGUUUGUAGAUUAGUGGAGAAAUGCUCUAGGUCAAGACAUUGGAGGUUUCUGUGAGAGUGAUGUUCAGACAGUGGUGUCAAUUGGGUCUUAGAAUUGGGUCCCAAUGUCAAAAGUCAGCAGAUGGUGGUCAGAUAGAGGAAAAGGAAUAUUGGAGAGAUUAGAGGCAGUACAGAGGUUGGUGAAGGCAAGAUCAAGAGUGUUUCCCGCUGUAUGGGUUGCUAAAUUGGACCAUUGCGUAAGGCCAAAGGAGGAGGUUACAGAGAGCAGACGAGAGGCAUCACUGCAAUUGGGGUUGUUGAUUAGGAUAUUGAAAUCCCCAAGUAUAAGGGAAGGAGUGCUAGAUGAGAGGAAGUGGGGAAGCCAGGAACAAAAGUGCUCAAUGAAUAGUCUAGGAUAACCAGGGGGGAGGGGGGGGCGGUAGAUGAUAGCAAUUCUUAAAGGAGUGGGUUUAAAUAGGUGGACAGUGUAAACUUCAAAAGAAGAAAAGGAUAGGGCAGGGGGAGUUAUGAUAGGUUGAAAUGUACAUUGAGGGGAGAGAAGGAUGCCUACGCAGCCUCCUUUACACUUGAGUCUGGGAGUGUGAGUGUAUUGUAGCCCACCAAAAUAUAAAGAGGCAGGAGUAGCGCUAUCAGAGGGGGACAGCCAGGUCUCUGUAAGUGCAAGCAGUGUGAGUGAGUUAUUAUCAAUAAAAUUUUUACUGAGCUAAGUGCACACAAUAAUACCAGUACUCCAUGAUAAAUAACAGGUACAGUAGGCAAAAUACCUCAGUUUUAUAUUUAUAAUUACAAGAUGAAUUUGGUCCAGUGUUGCUAUAUAAGGAGAUAAGAAUUUUGAGUAAGAAAAUAUUAAUAAGCCUGACAAACAUUUUACAAUGCUUUCCUAUGGGUCUGGCCAAAUGUGCUAAUGUGCAUUAGGACCCCGAUGUCGUGGAAGGAGGAGCCAAGGCGGAGCUUUACCCCGCACCGAGGGCCACUGAAGUAGGCGGCAGCCGCUUGCGUCACAGGAAAAAAGCACGGUAAAAACAGCCAGAUUGGCAGCGCAAUUCUCGCUGCAGCAGGGCCUGAUUAGUAGAGUGUUGGGAAGAUAAGAAAAAAGUUGCCAUUAGAUCACGGUCAACAAAAAACCCUGAACCGAAAGGGAGGGGAAUAAUUAGAGCUGAGUGUAAGAGGAUAAAAUGGCCAGUGGGAGUGAAAGAAAAAACCCUGUGGGCCAACAAGAUGUCGGCCCUGAGGGGAGAAUCUAUAUAAUGAAGUAUAAAAAAAAGAUGUAAUAAUAAUAAUAAUUAAGACCAAAAAAUACAAUUAAAACAAUUGUACUGAAACUGAGGUACACAAAAUAUACAGCACUAAGGCCAAUGUAAUCAGAAUUGACUCACCUGGAGGCAAGCAGCAAAGAAAGAGGGGUUGGGAGGAGUCUCAUAGCCACAUAUUACUGUCUAGAUGUCUUCUGAUUGGUUGAUUUUGUUUUCAAUUGUUUAACUGUUUCUUUGCUGCUGGGAGGAUUCAGUAAAGCAAGUAAAGCAAAUAUGAAGCUUCCUGUGUUGCCAUAAAAUGUAAAUGUUCACUAUUUUUAAAGGCACAGCACGCUUUAAUUUUAGCUUUUUGAUAGAUGUUUUUUGAGCUAGUACAUUUAUAAGGUGCUCUUAAGUUAAAUAGUGAUUAUAUUAAGGUACUCUAUAUUUUAGAGAAUUUUAUAUAGAGUUUAUUUUGGGUGGUUUUUAGGACAGUUUUAUAGCUUCAGGCAUUUUUAGUAAAUGGCUCCAAUUAUAAGUAUAUAUGUGCAGAGAGACAGGGCAACAAAAUCUAUUUAAGGGCCAUGUAAUUUUAAGGUGCAUGGAGUGUCCUUUUUAAGUAGUUGACAUGUAAAUGCAUUUAAAAUGUAAAAUCUUGCUUUAAUGUUAAACCUAUCUUUUUUGAGACUUACCUGGUCUCCUCAGAAGUGGGGAAGCUGGAUCUCAGUUUUGUUCGCAUUUGUAUGCACUAUAGUUUGCAUUUGUAUGCACUACAGUAUACCUUUAAGCAUAUCAGAAACUGUUGAUCCCACACAUAACAAACAAAAAUACAAUUGAUGCAAAGUGUGAGAGGUCAUUAACAGAGGCUCCUUAAAUGCUCAGUCUUGAAAAUCUACCUCAUCAAAGGCCACAAACUGAACCAUCCAAAAUGGUGCCGACAGGGCCUACUUUCUCAACUUACUCAAAGGAGAGCUCAAACUAUAAAGCCAAGAGUCACCCAACUCCUUCCUCCCAAUUCAAGCCUUGGAAUCAUAUGAUGACACUACAUCCUCUACUAAAGGGAACAUUAGAGCCUUGUUCCAAGAAUUUAAGGCAAUGUUCCACAGUGAACUGGAAGGCCUGAAAAUUGAAGUGAGAGCACUGACCAUAAGAUCACAAACCUUGGAAGAGGUCCUGCAUCUGGGAUGAGACUGCCUCUGGUUGCGUUCCCACAAUGGCUGUCACAGAUCACUUAGAAAAAUUGGAAGCUACUGUGGAUGGUCUCUUGACCCAAAUAUGAGUUUAUAACAUUCAUAUUUGAGGCAUAUCUGAAAGGGUCAUGACUUUGAAGGACUAUGCAGAGGCUAUUUAGCAAACUCUGAGUUUGGAACUUUGAGAAUUGGCAACCCAAUUCAAGUGAGUAGGUCAUACAGAAUCAGGUGAGCAGUUUUGGCUCCAACAGACGCCCCUUGAGAUGUGAUUGUCCAGAUGGCAACUGUGGGUGGCAGAAUGGCAACCUGGCAGCUGUCACAUACCUUACCAGCAGCACACUAUGACAAACUGUAAUUUCUUGUUUUUACAGACUUGGCUUAUCAAACACUAGGGAAACCUUUAGGGGGGUAUUACAGCUACACAUUCUGGAAAACAAUAAUAUUUUACUUCACCGGAAAUCCAGAAGUAUUUCUUUCAGGCCCUAGUAUUUCCUGCUACUAAUGACACCAGUGAGCUGACAUAUGGUUGGAGGAGGGCUUUGAUUGAGCCGAGGGAAAUCCCACUACUGAGAAACUUUAGCCUUUUGUGUCUUUGAGUGAAGAUUGGAUUCCGCACUAAGUUCCAUUACUUUAUACAGUUCUAGACCCGAAGCUGGAUUUCUUGCUAGGUGGAGUAGGCACCUGCAUACAGGCACCUGACCUGUAGGAGGCACCAGUUUUCAGCACUUAUAAUGUGCUUUUUUGGGUUGAUGGGGACACACUAGCCACAAGUCUCCAAAAAACUACUGUGUCCUCCAAGUCCCACUAAACCACCUACAUUUUAUGUUCAAUACCACAAUAUUCUUUAUGUCAUUCUCCCACCCACAUUGGAUAUUAGAGUCACCCCCCUAAACACAUUAACCCUUAACACCUCAAAAAGACAGAACAAAAAUUAUAACUUUCCUAACACCUCUAUAAAUAUAAAGUAAAUAUAAGGUAGGCAGGUCAGAUCUACUGUCUUGUUUGGGGUUCCCCACAGCACCUCAGACUUUCAUUGCGGUCUUGCUUGGGGCCAGGCAGAGAUAUCCCGCCAUGCCACCUCACUCCCAGAUGGAGUGUGCUGCAUGUUCCGCUGCCGUGAUGGGGCUUUCACUAACGACCAGCUUGGCUUCCUCUCCUUUCCCCUGGAAUCAAUGCCACGGAGCGAUCCAGGGCCAGUCACCUCCCUUCUGCGGCGAUGCUCUCGUUGUUGACAUGAGGCCCAAACAGGAAUUGGAACCAGUGCCUAGCGCUGCAAAUUCUGUCCAGGCAGGAGAUGAUUUCUGCUUGCUCCACAGCCAAGACAGUGGAUCUCAUGGCAUCUGCCAUUUCAGAGAAGGCCCGCAGGUUGUGGUGACUCAGCGAGGCCUCCAAAGAGUUGACCGGUAUAACCCCUGCUGGUCCAGAGGGGAGGGGGGAUAACGGUGCACUAAUGGGACACCACAGAGGCUGGGGGCACUCCAGACCAAGAGAUCAGAAGACUCUCCCACUCUAUACGUACAACAGGUCGCACUGUAUCAAGACAAGUAUGCCAGUAAAUGGCAAGCUGGAUGGCAUUUAGCUGAGUCCCUGUACUCUGCUUCGGUUGGGGAGCACGAGAGGCACUGUUAGAGUUGUGCAGGGUACAAUAAUGGGCAAAUAUAUUGAUAUAAAUACCCUACAAGUGAGGAGCUCUUGUGAAGUGCGACUAUCCGCCAUUAAGGUCAGGCCCGCCCCCCAAAACACUGCUAUUUACUACAUAUGGUGAUGUUUCCAUUGCAGGGCUAAAUACACCUAUAGUGGCUUUCUUCCUCACAGACCCAAGAGGUGUUUCCACUGUGAGAACAUUUAGACUCGGCAGUCACAGCUAACCUUCUCAAAUGUGAUAGAUAGACAAAAAAUUUACCAAAACAGCAUGGUCCACAUACCUUUGUCUCAUAAGAGCUGCAGUUGUGCUCAAAAGUUUGAAUACCCUUGGAGAAUUGGUAAUACAUGUACCAUUUUUAUAGAAAACAUGAGUGAGCAGGCAAAACACAUUUCUUUUAUUUCUUAUGGGAUUCAUAUUCAACUGUAGGUUUUAACAAAAUGUCACAAUCAUAAAACAAAGCAUGGCAACAAAUAAAAAAAUGAAAUGACCCCUGUUCAAAAAUCUGCAUACCUUUAGUUCUUAAUACUGUGUAUUGCCCCCUUUAGAAUCAAUUACAGCGUGCAGUAUUUUGUAAUAGUUGUCUAUGAGGCCCCUAAUUCUUGCAAGUGGUAUAACUGCCCAUUCGUCUUGGCAAAAUACCUCCAGGUCAUACAAAAGCUUUGGUCGUCUUGCAUGAACCGCAGGUUUGAGAUUUCCCCAGAGUGGCUCGAUGAUAUUAAGGUCAGGAGACUGUGAUGGACACUCCAGAACCUUACACCUUUUUCUGCUGAAACCACUGGAGGGUCAACUUAGCCUUGUGCUUAGGGUAAUUGCCAUGUUGGAAAGUCCAAGAGUGUCCCAUGUUCAGCCUUCGUGCAGAAGAAUGCAAAUUGCCUGCCAGUGUUUUCUGAGAACAUGCUGCAAUCAUCUUGACAACAAUUUUCACAAGACUCCCUGUGCCUUUAGAGCUCACACACCUCCAAAACAUCAGUGAGUUACCACCAUGCUUCACAGUGGGAAUGGUAUUCUUUUCACUGCAUGCCUUAUUGACACCUCUCCAAACAUAGUGGUUAUGGUUGUGACCAUAAAGCUCUAUUUUGGUCUCGUCCCUCAAAAGCAGUGAGGCAUGUCAAGGUGUUGUCGGGCAAAUUGUAACCAGGCUUUUUUGUGGCAUUGGCGCAGUAAAUUAUUCUUUCUGGCUAUUCGACCAUGCAGCUCAUUUUUGUUCAAGUAUCGUCGUAUUGUGCUUCUUAAAACAAUCACACCAUCUUUUUCCAGAACAACCUGUAUUUCUCAUGAAGUUAUCUGUGGGUUUUUCUUUGUAUUCUGAACAAUUCUUCUGGCAGUUUUGGCUGAAAUGUUUCAUGGUCUACCUGCCCUUGGCUUGGUAUCAAGAGAUCCCCAAAUUUUCCACUUCUUAAUAAGUGAUUGAACAAUACUGACUGGCAUUAUCAAGGUUUUGGAUAUCUCUUUACAAAUUUUUCAAUCUUUGCGCAGGUCUUUUGACAGUUCUUUUCUGUUCUCCAUGGCUCAGUAUCUAGCCUGCUCAGUGCAUCCACGUGACAGCUUACAAACUCAUUGACUAUUUAUACACAGAUACUAAUUGCAAUUUAAAAAGCCACAAGUGUGGGAAAUUUAACUUUAAUUGCCAUUUUAACCUAUGUGUCACCUUGUGUGUCUGUAACAAGGCCAAACAUUCAUGGGUAUGUAAACUUUUGAUCAGGGCCAUUUGGGUGAUUUCAGUUAUCAUUAUGAUUUAAAAAGGAGUCAAACAACUAUAUGAUAAUAAAUGUCUUCAUAUGAUCACUAUCCUUCAAUUAAAUACUUUUUUUUGCAUGAUCAGUCAUAUUUUCAAAAUCCAUGCCAACAUUUCACAAUUUCUGCAAGGGUAUGCAAACUUUUGAGCACUUUGUACUUUUAUGCGGCCCUUUUAAGUCUGCCCUAUAUAUUGAAUUCCACAUUUGUAAUAUAACAUAAAAAUAAUAAGGUACUUGUGAUAAAAUGUUAAUUUUAGACUUUUUACAUGUAACCUGUGCAUUGGAUUUUAAAUAGACAUAUUUUAUAUUUGUUUAUUCAGGGACUCAAGAAGAACGUGGAAUAAAAAAGUGGAAGCAGGGAGCUGAUGUGAACACUCAGACGUCUGAAGAUCUUAAAAGUUAUGAUUUCCCCUGUGGAAUGAAUAUAAUUAGACAUAUACAGUGCUUUAGAAGUAUACCUAUUUGUCCACUUUUUAAAGGAUUUAAAUCGAUAAACUUGCAGACAUGGUCAACGAACACAGGUAGUAAAGACAACAUGUCUAUGUGUACAAAAGUGUAA